AAAUCAGCAACGCAGAAUUUUAAACAUUUUCAUUAGGUUAUUUAGCUGCAAAAGAGCUUGGAUACUUACCUUGAAAUGGCCAAGAUAAUGUAUUUCUUAACCGUAUUCUUUAUUAUUCUUCAUGUACCUGGUAUCUUCACUGAACAAGGUAUUGUAAUCAGUUUUAUUUAAUAUGCAUAGAACAUUCGAUGAAAAUUCCAAACUAAUUUGCCUACAUUUUAGUGAUGAAAAUGAAUGGGGUUAUGUUCUAAUUUAAGAAUUUGUGUAUUUUAUGCAAAACUAGAACAUUUGAAAAAUUAUUUGAAGAUAAGAUUUUACUUUCUCUCGUCAAUUCCCCACGAAUCUUGGUUUAGCAAAUAAACCCAUAACUACUGAAUAUAUUAACUUGUAACAUAUAAGUUACAAUAUUGUUUUGUGAUUUAUAUCUUCUGUUGACUAGUUCAUAGGUAUACUAUCAGUAUGUGCAAUAAUGAAAACUAACUACUAAAGAUUGGAUAAAAUUGUACAUAUAAAUAAUGUACAUUGCUGGAACAGUUUAAGAAAAGUAAUAGCUGAGCGAACUCCAUGUGAUAAAUUGACUGUUAAAUUAGGUAUGUGUAAUUGCCCACACUCCAGAGGAAAUUCAGAUUUAAAAAAUGUCAGUGUGGUUAAUAUACAAGUAAGUCCAAAACCAUAUUAUCACAUAGAAGACCAAAAUAGUGCAAUGGAAGGCUGUUAUUUCUUUAACCCCUUAAUGACACAACUUCUGGAAUAAAAGGGAAUCAUGAUGGAAUAUUUCCAUCAUGUGUCCUUAAGGGGUUAAUCAGUGAUUUUGCCUUGUGUUUUGGAAGCAGAGUCAUAAAUCUAUGUGGCUAACAAUAUAAUUUCAGCUUUUUUAAAGUCUCAGGGCCCCAGAUGUAUUUAUCUUGAAGAGAGGGAUAUGCCAUGAAGUCUCACAUAUAGGUUAUGAAGUGUCGGAGAGUGCAAUUACUCUGUAUGUGGGACUACAAUUAAAUAGACAUAUUAUAUUUGUUAUAUAUUAAUAUUAUUAUAAAAUAUUAAAGGCGACAGUAAGUUAGUUGGUUGUGUAUGAAGCAAUUCAGAAAUAAGUGAAACAUAAUUAUACAUAUUUGUGUGUAUAUACAAUUAUGUAUCUGUUCAAUGACCAGAUCACGUUUUAAAAUUGAAAAUCUGUAUGGUGCAGCAUUGUGUUUUCACACUUUGCAGUAAUACCGUUGCACAGUAUGAAACUGUUGGGUUUUUUAUUAAAGUGAGAAUUGUCAGUAAUUCAAGUAGAUUUACAAUUGAAGGUCAAAGUAGCUGAACUGUAACAUUUCUUCCAAUUUGGUGACUUUGUCCUUAAAAUUCACUAUGAAAACUAAACAAAUUACUCACUUUAGAAAAUAACCCUAUCUGUGUUGCAUGGCGUGAAUCUCAGCACAGCACCAUGUCAUAUAUAACGAGAUGGAUGGGAGUUAUACUGCUAAUAUAUCAGACAAUUUUUGUAGCUAGGGCUAGUUUAAGCGGCGAUAGGAGAUAGAAUUGUGAGACUUCUCGCAUUUAACCUAAUUGCCUGAAUUCUUAGAUAGCAAGAGAUAGCUUGAGUGGUCAGGCUUAAAAUUUAUUUUCUGAGAUAAAUUAGGAACUACACUAAAUCCUAUUACUCUGAACCAGGGUGCAGACAUACUAGGACCCAGCACCAGAUCCCAAGUACAAUUUGCAUUAAACAGAGAAAAGUUCAGGCACUCCAAGAUUCAAGAAGGCAAAUUUAUUAGAACCUCGUAACAGAUAGCAGCAACGUUUCGCCCUGUAAGGUCUUUCUCUGAGCUUGAGAAACCUUACAGGUCAAAACGUUGCUGCUAUCUGUCAUGUAGUUCUAAUAUAUUUGCCAGGCUGAAAAUGUAUGGCCAUAAGAAGCUAAGCUGGGUGUUGUGGGCCAUGUGUAUAUAUUUUAAGGGACGUGUGUGUGCAUGUGCAUAUAUUUUUCUAAUUGUCUCGAAUCUUGUGGGCUAGUCAGUAGCAGAAUAUAUACAAACACACAUAUUGAUACUCUCUAUAUAUGCAUUAGAAAUACAGAACCCCCUAAGUGGCCCUGGCCCCAUACACCUAUAUUGGUUGUACCCCUUGAUAGCAGCCUUGAAUGGGGUAGCAAAGCAGUACUUAAAUGAUUAAGGGAUGAGUGCUGGUAUAGACUAUGAUAUUUAGAUACUGUGAAGAAAGGUGAUAUGAUGGAGGGAAGUGAUAUGAUUAAUGUGUAAGUGGAGAAUUAUUUUUGGGCUUAUGAGGAAGUGAUUGGAUAGUGAGAGGGAGAGCUAAGGAAAAUGUGUUUUGCUAAGAAAGGCAGACAGUGAUGAAUGGAUUGAAUGUUAAUAGAGGCUAUGUUGGGGAGGAGUCGGCUAUGAUGAAAGGAUGCUCAGAAAGGCUAUAAGAAAGGUUAGAGUGUGGAAGGUCCAUUGUAUCGGUGUGGCUUCAGGAGAGGGGUUUUGGUAAGUGGGGCAGCUCUAUAUCAUUCAACCUAAACAGCACAAUGUCUAUAGUCAAUAGUUAGAAUGAUAUUAUAUGGCUGAGGUGUACUAAGGUGCAAUGUUUUUGGAUGUUUUGAACAUUUCCCAUAUAAUUUAAUUGAGUUUACAUUAAGCAGGGAUAAGUAACCUCUGGGACUCUAGAUGUUGUGGACUACAUCUCCCAGCAUUAUGGCUGUAAUAGCAUUAUGGGAGAUGUAGUCCUCAAGAUCUGUAGUGACUAUGGUUGCCUACACGUAGAGCAAUAGUUUUUCAACAAAGUGGUCCUCAAAGUGAUAUGAAAAGUAUUAAUAUGAUGUUUUGUUUCUUAUUAAAAAAACAUGGUAAUGCAAGUAGCAAUAAACAAUUUCUACAUUAAAAUUUCAGGUGUGCCAUUUAUCUGUGCGUUUAUCUUGCUACUACAAAUAACAUUCCAUUGUGAUGUGGUCCUUCUGAUCCAGCACUUUUAAUCCAACUUUUUUAACAUUUUGUUUGUUUUUUUUACUCAAUCUCAGACUGUGGAUAAUUAGGCAAUUUUACAUUUUAGAAAAGUUAGCCAAUGUAAUUCCAGAGACAAUAUAAAAAUCUGCCUUUGACUGGUACUUUUUUUCUACUGCUUUACCAGUCUAUAUUAAAACAGAACACAUUCAUCUGUGCAAAAAUCAAUCUUCAAGACGUUUCACACCAAUAAUAACAAUCUAAUUAAACUAAAAACUAGCAAACUACAACUGUAGUGUAUUCUACUAAUAACAGCGCUCAGAACAUUCCAAUGAUGGCUAAUAUUAAAAAAUGUUCCAGUAGAGUUCUUUACAUUGAAAAUUGCCUUUCGGGGCACUCUUUAAAUCUCAAUAUUUGCUAUUUUUCCAAUUAAAAAAAAUAAAACCUUUUUAGAGCAGUUUUUUUUUUUUUAAAGAAUAGGGCACAUUAGGCUAUAUGCUUUAUUUCACCAUAUAAAUACACACAUAAAUAAGUCAAUUAUUUUGUUGAUAGCAUAUGUGUUCGUUUUUAACUUAUUUUGCUGCUUUGAAAUCAUUUUUACAUUUUUUCGCUGCUUUUGAACUCGCAAGGUUAUGCAGCGCAUCUAAAUGUUUUUUCGUGAUGUUACAGCUAGAGUUCCCUACCUCUAAUUGACAUUCUUUUUUUUCUUUCUUUUUUUACUAGUAAACCUCUUUAUGUAUAUCCAUCUUGUUCUUUGUUAAAUGCUUUUAGGUACAUGCACAAUUUUUCCUUCUUGAUUUAUCAUCUUUGCUUCAAAUUAAACAAAUGCAAGACUUCCAUUUUUUCUUAUGUAACAUUAUGAAGAACUUACAUCAUUCAAGCACCCCUUUUUUUAUGGAUUUUUUUAUACUUGGUAAUCAGAUAUAUUUUUAUUCGUGCUGAAAUACAUUUUAAACCAUUAUGUGUACAGUUUGGGCCGAAAGAAAUCCCCAAGUCAAAUAUAAAGUAUCACUAGCAGAGCACCUGAUACGAGACCUCUAUAAUUAUUCAGAGCUGCAACAGUAGGCCACACAACGUUACAGUAAUUUUUGCUAAUUGGAAAAUUAAUAAUAUUCUUCUACAUGUAUGGGCUAAUCAGCUUGAUUUCAAAUCAAGAAUUUUCAACUACAGCAAUUCUAAAGUGGACAUUCUUUAUAACACCUUCCUUAUGAAAUCAUCUUUCUGGUAUUGAAUUAAAUUUUUUGAAAUAGUUUAUGAAAUGGUCUGGAAUAGUUUUAAGACACUUGCUUUAUUAGCAUUCAUUCCUUGUUCUGAAUCAGUUCAAGACACUCUGCUAUGCUAAUCACAGUCUUCAACCCCCAAAAAACAAAACCCAAAGAACAUUUAGCAAUUCCAUCAUUACACCAUUAAUCAUUUAAUGGGCAAGAAAGCAGAAGACUUGAAAUGACCUUAAAAAAAACGCUCCUAAAGUAGUAAAUAUAUAUUUUUUAAAAACACAAAGAUAAAGCACCGCGCUUACAGCAGCAGUAGCUUAGUAUCCAACAGCUUAAAAUACAUAGUAAAAACAAAGAGAACGUUACCUGCGCUCUGGCCUAAAUCCCCAUGUACAUUUAAACAAAAUGGAGGCUCUAGUUUUAUUCCAAUGGCCAUUUGAAUAUAUAAGCUCACCUGCCACAUCAAGGCAAGCCUCAAUAGGUGAGUUCCUACACUAGCCAUUAGAUAUGCUGAUACCAGCCAAGAAUCUCCAGUAAGACAGGAAGGGGUAUUUUAUAAACCCUUUCACAUUUAACCCUUUAUAGGGCUUCUACACAUACAAUAAACUUUGCUGGUAUCAGACAAAGAGUAAACAUCUCUAAUGAGACAGGAAGGGGUAUUUUAUAAACCCUUUCACAUUUAACCGUUUAUAGGGCUUCUACACAUACAAUAAACUUUGCUGGUAUCAGACAAAGUGUAAACAUCUCUAAUGAGACACGAAGGGGUGUUUUAUAAACCCCUACAUACUUAACCCUGAAUAGGGCUAUAACACAUACAAAUCACCUUGCUGGUAUCAGCUAAAAGGCAAAUUUCUCUGAUGAAACAGGAAGGGGUGCUGCCCCUACAGCCUUAUAAACUCUUAAUAAGACAAACGUGGAGAGGCUGGCAGCAAUGUAACAUAGCUGUGUGAUACAAAAUUCAUAUACAAACACAAAGAUAAAGCACCGCGCUUACACCGCGCUUUGUGUACAUGGGGAUUUAGGCCAGAGCGCAGGUAACGUUCUCUUUGUUUUUACUAUAUAUUUUAUAAUGAAGAUAAAUUAUUGGCCGAUAUAUUGGCUCAGGGUUUGUGAGCAUAUUGGUAUUAUUUAUUAAAUAUACCUUAUAUACAUCAGACUGUACUACGCUAUUUUUCCUCCUAUACCUAUUACCUAGGACUUUGUACCUGGAGAAAAUUUGGACGAAAAGGAGGGGAAGGGUCGCCUCUAUGGACCCUAAGGCGCAUAUACUUGAGCUAAUACAUUAUCUCAGAAAAGUGUGAGUGAGUUACCUAUGCACUUUAUUUCUAUCUACGUUUUGUAUACAGGUUACACUAUGUUCUGUAUAUUUGUGUUUUUUAUUUAAGGUAAACCAGAAAACAUUGGGACUAUUCAUAAGUAUAUAUAACCCAUCAAGGUAUAGCAAGGUUUUCUUUUAUUCAUUUUUACACAUCCACUAUUAUAGAGCGCUACACCGAUACUUCUCACUCCUCCACCAUUUUCCAAUAGAAAGAUAAGCACGGUGGUAUAGCAGCUCAUAUCAAAUCUGUUUGGUAUAAUCUUAAUCUAAAAUUAUAUCUAGAAGCGCUUGUACUCCCCAUCUUCAAGAUAAAUUAUUUAUUUAGCUACUUUAAAGGGCCACUCUAGGCACCCAGACCACUUCAGCUUAAUGAAGUGGUCUGGGUGCCAGGUCCAGCUAGCAUUAACCCUUUUUUCUAUAAACAUAGCGGUUUCUGAGAAACCGCUAUGUUUAUAAUAGGGUUAAUCCAGCCUCUAGUGUCUGUCUCAUUGACAGCCCCUAGAGGGCUUCCGAGCUUCUCACUGUGAUUUUCACAGUGAGAAGACGCCAGCGUCCAUAGGAAAGCAUUGAGAAUGCUUUCUUAUGGACUGGCUGAAUGCGCGUGUGGCUCUUGCCGCGCAUGCGCAUUCAGCCCAGGAGGAGGAGAGUCCCACGCCCGGCGCUGGAGAAAGGGGUAAGGUUAACGCCUUCCACCCCCUAGAGCCCGGAGGGAGGGGGACCCUCAGGGCACUAUAGUGCCAGGAAAACGAGUAUGUUUUCCUGGCACUAUAGUGAUCCUUUAAGAGCUGUUAUGAUUUUGCUUGCUUCCUGUCCACUGUUUCAGUAGAACCUUUUCCCAAGAUUUAUGAAUAUUAAAGUAUUGUGGCGCCUAUCUUCCAGUCUCACUGUGCUUCCGUGCUUUUUUAAUGUAAUUGGCCCUUUUCCAGGUAGUACCUUGGUACAGUCUCUCUGUUAGCACAUAGUAUAGAUAAUUGUUUUCUGUACUUUUAUUUAAGCUAUAACUAGGGCUAUUGUGCUAAGCAUAUGUUAACUAAUGAUGCAGUAUAAGCGUUCUGUUUGGGGAGAAAAAUAUAUUUUCUAGAAACAUCAACAUCUCAUAUUCAUUCACUAUUCGCAUAGUUACCACUAUGCCCACUCUUUCAGUUUUUGUUCUCCUUGCACUUAGAACUUAUAGUCCAACUAAUAUGGCUCAACCAGGAGAUCUCUGACUUUAAAAUCCAUCAGAACACCUUUAAACAAGUGAAUUAUGAAGAUUAAGUGCAUUGCAUGCACAUCUUUAAAGGGACACUAAAGUCACCAAAACAACUUGAGCUUAAUGAAGCUGUUUAAUGUAUCGACCAUGCUUCUGAAGUUUCAUUGGUCAAUUCACUGUCAUUUAGGAGUUAAAUCACUUUUGUUUCUGUCCAUGCAGCCCUAGCCACACCUCCCCUGGCUGUGACGGACACAGACUCCAUAAAUAAAAAAUGGUUUUAUUUUCAAUCAGAUGUUAACUUUAAAAAAAAUGUUUUAAUCUCCUGCUCUGUAAAUUAAACUGUUAUUGCAUACAGGAGACCCCUGCAAAUUAUAGCAAGCUAUUAACAAAGCAGGAGAUACAAAACUUCUAAAUUAAACAGAAUUUGCAAUAAAGUAAGUGUAAACUGUAGGCUGUGCAAGUCACAUGCAGGGAGGUGUGACUAAGGCUGCAAAAACUUAUUGAUUUAACUCCUAUAUGGCAUAGAAUUGAGCAAUGAACGCAUGACGAAUGUUGAUCAAUCGUCUUAUUCUCCUGUGUAUAUGUGAAAACAAAUGUUACGCACUGUUUGAAAUUGUAAUGACACACCAACAGAGGCCUGCAAGUCUUAACCUGCUUUAUUCUUUUAACUUUGACUCAAAGUAAAAAUUUCAAUAAAAACUGAUUUACAAAAAAAAAGAAUUGAGCAAUGAGACUGCUGUACACCAAAACUGCUUGAUUAAGCUAAAGUUGUUUUGGUUACUUUUAGUGUCCUUUUAAGCUCCUUACUGGUUCUUUUCACACCUUGUUCAAAGUGUUAGGUUAAAAACGUAAUAAAACAAGCCAGUAUUUCUCACUGGAGGCUCACACCACAACAGUAGUAAACAAUUAAACCCAAUCUAUCUAUUUAAAUGUGCCUCUCACAUUUCUUAACUAGAAGUAAUAAUACUUGUUCACCCUUUAAGAUCUUUACUAUAAUCAAUUACUGCAAAAUGUAUACAUAAUAAUAUGUAUAUAUUUUACAGCACACUGUUUGGACUAUUGAUUCAGUUUCCAAAUCUGGAUCACAGUUCCGAAAUUCUAAUAAACCGAACAGACAUAUGGCUAAAAUUUGAGUGUCUUGAAAAAUGUCCUAUUUUCAGAAAAAAUGGUUGGACUGAGCCAAAUUGUCUCAUCGUUCUGUGGGUCCACCUCACAUCAGGUAGUGGAAAAGUGUUUUGUUCUCAACAUAACUGACAAACCAAACCAAGAUGGUGGAGCAUGACAAAUUGUGACAUAAUUACCUACUAUACUUAUAUAGAGAUACAGAUUAAUGUAUAUUCUAGCAUAUACCAUAAAAAGGAAAGAAAAAAUAAAUAAGAAUAGUGUAAUUCUGUGAGAGAUCAAUCAGCCAGUGAUAUUUGGUGCCAAUGGACUCCCAGAGUAACUUAUCUAAAUGUCUCUUGCUCUCCUAAAGAGCCACACACCACUUUCAGCUCCAGUUAUGCUAUUUUUCCACCUUGUUUUGGUGGCUGUCACCUUUGCUGCCCUGUUGUGUAUUUGUAUCCCACCACCUGAAAUAUACAAGUAAAAUACAGUGUCACAAAAUUGAUUUUUAUACCUGUUACGUAAUGAUAUGCUUUUGUUUGAGAUAGUAAAGAUGGUCUGGAACUACUAUUUUGGUUGAGAUUGUUUUGUGAUCCUUUGUUGGUAUAUCUAGAAAAAUCACUUCCGUAGCUUUGAUGGCUUUACAUAGCAUGGCAAUUUUUUAAAAUAAAAUUGUAAUUAAUACAUACGGUUUAUGGCAGAAUUUUACAAAGUUUACAUUGACAUCUAGUGGAAAUUUUCAGUACUGCAUGUUUUUAUCAAGAAAUAGUUAUCACGGGUAAAGUAUAGUACCAGGUGUGCCCAUAUCCAGAAUGUAGUUCUCCAGCUACCUGACUAUUUAUUACUCUAUAAUGUUAACCAGCAAACAUGAGUGGGCAUAUCAACAGGAAUUCGCAUCAAGCUCCAUGCAAAUUGGCAGUUGCAGUUUUAGGUUAAGCUGAACUUGACAAAGUGAAGCUAAAAGUACAAUGUGGCAAAUAAAAACAUCAACUUAACCGUCCAUUCACUGUUAAUAUAAUCCACCAAACUACCAUUAUAAUAAUAAGCAAGUUUAAAAGAACUCAUUGUUUAACAAUAAACCCCUCAAAAUCUGACAUGAUUUCCUUUUUGCAUCUUUUUUUUUUUUACUUGUUUCUAUGUUUCACAGCAAGUCUAGUUUCAAAUGUGUCAUUUCAACAUCUCUGCAGAAUUUAACACUUUUAAGACUAUAUAUAGUAAAAAGAACAUCACUGUGAUUAAUUUAGAACAUACUAACAGAAUUAAUUUUCUUGCCAUAUGUUUUUCCACUAUCAAAUAUUAGUUGGUGCAGAUGAACUAUAGCAACAGGGGUUAGUUUCUGAACAACAAUAGUUGUGGUUUGUUGUAUCUUUGAUUCCUUUUUCAGUUUUUAAAUAUUUAUUUUGUGCAUUAACUAUUUCAAACUUGAUUGUAGAGAUUACAAUCGUAUUCUCUCUUUAUCUGUGACUUAUUGGUUUUGUGUUUUACUACAAUAACCACAUAUAUAUUUUCAUGGACUAAUUUUCAAUUUGUAUCUGAAUGGACAUUUUUGCCAACGUUCCUUAAUUAUGUAGAUCAGGGGUAGGCAACCUUUUAGCAGCACUGUCCCGAAAUAGGAUUGUUAUGUCCCGUAGUGUGUGCUGGUCCUAUUUUUUUAAAUUGAGGGGUGUAUGUUGCCGUAUUCUGCUUGUGUUAUUUAUACUGCAGUUGAUUUGUAUUGUUGUAUUUGUGUGUAUAUGAGCUAUAAUAUUGUAUAUGUUCAUGAGUAGAUUGUGGUAUCGUGUAUGAUACCUAUGAAUUUGGGCUGUGUAUGUGGGCUGCUUGUGCAAUUUUGUGUGUGUGGAUGGAUUUGUCACAUUGUGUGUUUGGUAGUGUGUGUAUGUGUGGGACUGUUUGGGGUAUUGUAUGUAAGAGACUGCAUGUAUGUGGAUUGCUAGUGGUGUUGAGCUUGUGAUGAUUUUGUGUAUGUUUGUGUGCGGGCUGUUUGUAUUUGUAUGAGGGGAGGGUUUUUCUGCAUUUCUGUGUAUAUCUAGCAGUGUGGGCAGUGGCGUACACACAACCCAUGACCCCCCCUCUCUAAAUCCCCCCUUCGACAGACACACACACAUACAUACAUACAGAGACACACACACAGACAGACAGAUACAGACACAUACAUACACACACGACAUAUACAUACAUACAGACAGAUACAGACACAUACAUACACACACGACACACACAUACAAAGACACAUACAUACAAACAGACAGACAGGCACACAUAUAUACAGACAGGCACACAUACAUACAAAGACACAUACAUACAUAUAAACAGACAGACAUGCACACAUACAUUCAGACAAGACAUACAUACAAACAGGCACACACAAAUACAGACACACACACACACACACACACACACACAGACACACACACAAGACACAUACAUACAUAAAAACAGACAGGCACACAUACAUACAGACAGAUAGACACACACACACAUACAUACAAACACACACACACAUACAGACACACACAAGACAUGCAUACAAAGACACAUACAUACAAACAGACAGGCACACAUACAUACAUACAUACAAACACACACAUAAUAUUUAAGUAACCCUCCUGUUUCCUACCUUUUAAGUGCAGGAGGUUGACUUUCCCUGGGGUCCAGUGGUGGCUCAGGUUGAUGGUAGUCAGAGUUCCCACUCUGACUCCCUCCCGCGCGGGCUCUCAGUGAUAGCUGGGAGGAGUGUUGGGGAGUCACCUCCUCCCAGCAUGUGAUGAUCAGGUUACAACUGACUUUUUCACAUUAACUUUCCUAGAUUUAACUAGGAUAUUCUCUGGAUCAAAUGGCUUUAUCUAUAGCAGCUAAGAAAGUAUUAUGGUUCUGUUUCUGGGAUGAUGACUCAUCCUCCAAGUCUGCCCUCUACACCAUUCUAUGUGAAGGGGUGGUGCUGUUUGGGAAAACUUUGAAUAAUUCCAUUGAAAAGGUGAAUGAGGGCUGCAAGAUAUUUGUACCUCAGGACGGAAGUUCCAAUGAUCCCAGCUCCUCAUAGUCUGACCGGAGAACCUCCAGUGACCAGUAUUUCUGAGAUACAUGGUGUUACUGACCCUGCAGGGUAUACUCCAGAGGUAACUGCAGUUGGUAAACCUGUCUUUCAAGGUUCUAAUAGAGCUAUUAAGCAGUCGUUUUGCUCUUCAACAAUGAACAUGUCUCCUCAAGUACUAGGAGCCUAAUUUUUUUGAUCACACAUACCUGGGCUCGUCAUACUCUGGAGGCUUGAGUGGUAUCCAUAGUCCAGAUUGAUAUAGACUGGAGUUUUUUCUUCAGGCACAGGAAUCUCCAUACCAACAAGAGUAUUAAGACCAAUGAAUCAAAAGGUAAAGCACUGAAGGAAGAAGCAUUCUGGACAAAGAGGUGAUUUUUUUUAGGUCCCAGAACAAGAGCAGUUCCAGGGACAAGUUUCACCUCUCUUCUGGUGCUAAGAGGAAAAGCACAUGGAAGCCUACACUGGACCUAAGAGGGGCCAACAAGAGGCUGAAUGUCAGAGUCUUUGGGAUGGAGUCAAUCAGAUCCAUAUCUCAAGCAAUCUGGAAGGAUAAUUUCCUUACCUCUAUAUAUCUCAAGGAUGCUUAGUUGCAGUCCAAUCUGCAGAGAUCUUCGGCAUUAGUUUAGAAGAGAACUUCCAAGUUAGUGCCCUACCAUUUGGCCUCAAUGCGACCUCAAGAAUCUUUAUAUGUGCUUAUAGUGUUAUUGAGAGUCCAGAACUCCACCUGGUUCCAUUAUCUGGAGGAUCUACUUCUGAUAGCCUUAGACCCUCAGAAGGCAGGCACACAUAGGUAUAUAGUUCUUUCAUAACUCCUAAAGUUUGGCUGCUUGAUGAAUAUCAAGAAAAGCAGUUUCACACCAGCUCAGUGGUUGACAUUCCCGAGUGGAAAAUUCCAUGCUCUGCUUUUCCCUAUCUCAGGAACAGUUCCACAGAUUGUGAAGGUUUUCUCUCCCAGUUUCUUCAUCUCUGCUUGGUAACCGCAAGAAAAUAGAUGCAACUACUAGGAAUCCUGGCUUCCCACCCAUUAAUGUCUCUAUUUGUGUACUGUAGAGCUUGUAAACUGACUGAGGACCUUAGGGAUGGAGCCUCCCUUUAAAACCUUGGUGGUUUUCCUGUCCUAUUGGCUGUAAGGGGAGGAGCUAACCCAUUUGAAUAAUAGCCAGGAAAAGAAAAUUACGGUAAGUAUGAAUACAUUUUCCACUAUAUACAUACAUAUACACGCGGUGUGUGCUUGUGCUUUAGGGUGCACACUCUAAUGCAAUAGGCUGCGCACGCCUAUGCUCCUACCUGUCACUCAGUGUAGCGUGGCCGAGCAGCGCGAACGGAGGUACAGGAGCUUAUGUUUUCUGUACCCGGCCGGACUGAAAGGAAGUGCGCACUGAGUGAGCACUUUCUGUCAGUCCAGCUGCCUGGCCACGCUACACUGAGGUAGGAGGCACAACAGGGGCGACAGUACUAAGAAACAGAUGGGAGAGACCACUGGGGAGUACUAAAGGAAAGGUGGGGGGGGGAUCACUAAGGACAGGUGGGGAGGGGAGAUCACUAAGGGAUGGGAGAGCACUAAAGGAUAGAAGAACACUAAGAGACAGAAGGGGAGGGGACAACACUAAGACAUUACACAGAUACACAAUGCAUCCUUACACAUACACAGACACACACAAUGCAUCCCUACACACAUACAGACACACCGAAACAUACAAUGCAUCCUACACUCACACAGAAACACAACAUGCAUCCAUUACACACACACUCAAUGCACCCAUUACAGACACACACACACUGCAUUACAUUACAUACACAGAAACACACCUUGUAUCCCUUACACAUACAAACACAGAUUCACACAAUGCAUCCCUUACACACACACACACACUGCAUCCCCUAUACACAGAUUCUACAUCCCUUACACAAACUGGCAUCCCUACACACUACAUUCCAUAAGAACACACAGACACACUACAUCCUCUACAAAAACACAUAAUACAUCCCCUAUACACAUAUACUCCACUCCCUGUGGGCGAACUCAUGGGUGGGUGUGUAGGCAUAAGGCUUAUGGGCAGGCUUUGUAGGCAUACCCACGGUCCGGCCCUGGGGGGCCCGGACUGUGAUCUGUGUAAGGGGCCCCCAAAAAUGGAGCUGCUUCCUGUUCGUUGAUUUUUGUGAGCACUGCUCCACCAGAUCAGUGGAGCCAGCCUGCAGCCUGACCCCAUCAUCGUCCUCUUGUCCUCAUCUGGUGGUAAGUAGUCAAUCCAGUAUAUUAUUAGUGGCACUAAUCUCUAAUUUACUUCCCAUUAAGGGACACUAUAGUCACUAGAACCAAUACAGCUUAAUGUAGUGGCCCUGGUGUCUAUAGCCUGUACCUGAGGCUUUUUAAUGCAAACACACUGCUUUUUCAGAGAAAAGACACUGUGUGCAGCAUUGGCGUUGGCUCAUAUGGCAGAUCAUAUGGGUGGGGCAUUGUGAUGUCACAUGGUGGGCAGAGCAUAUGGGGGGUGCGGCAAAUUUUUGUUUGCCUAGGCCGACAAAAAUCCUUGCACCGGCACUGCUCCAAUGCCUUGACCAAGCUAUUUGUUUUGUUUAUAGGAGAUAUAAUGUUAGAAGUUAAACAUCAAAACCACUGACAAGUAGUAAAUAACAUUGAUUAUAUUGCAACACUUGCACUUGUCAAUGGGUGGGAUAUAUUAAGCAGCAAGUGAAUAUUCAGCUCUUGAAUUUAAUUUGUUGGAAGGAUGACAAAUCUACUAGCAAAAGAGAUUUUGACAAGGAUCAAAUAGUGUAUAUAAAAUUAAGUGCCAAGUAAUAACUCACACUUUGACAUCAAAUAAAGUGCCUUCAGAAAUAUAUUGGUGUGUGUCUUCUUGCUUCAAUGCUGAAUAGAUGAUAAUCUCAUACAAAAGAUAGAAAAAUGCAAGAAUAUAAUGAAGUAACUGAGUACAUAAAGUACAAAAAGCAGCAUUUAUUACUUACAUCAAAGUAAAUAAUAGCAGAUGAUGAAAAAUAUGUUCAAUAGUAGUCCAACGCGUUUCGUCACUGUCAGGCACUUCCUCAGGGACAAUCUUUUACAAAAUGCUGGAUACAAAUUUUAUACACAGUAUUAUUAUACACAGUGUUGCAUGUUAUAUUUUUGCUUCCCUAGCUGGAAUAGCCCACACUAUACUAUAGUAUGUGCUAUACAUGUGUUGAAUUGAAGAUAAGAGGAGAUCUUCGGGCAUAUCCUAUGCUAUUGAGGGAAGUUGCUAAUAUUUAUAUUUUCCACUAUAAUCACUUUUUGGGAGAAACAGUGUUAUUGCAUGUGGACACCAGAAACACUUUUUGUAAAUUUGUGAGUUUGUGAGAGAUACUAUUUUAACAAAGGAUCAAAUAGUGAUGGUUAGACGACUGGGUGACAGCAUCUCCAAAACGGCAGGUCUUGUGGGGUGUUCCAGGUAUGCAUUAGUUAGUACCUACCAAAAGUGGUGCAAGUAAGGACAAUGAGUGUACUGGCGUCAGGGUCAUGGGUGCCCAAGGCAUAUUAAAGGUCCAAUCACACAGAGUUUUCUUCUGUAGCUCAAAUUGCUGCAAAACUUGAUGCUGGCUACAAUAGAAACGUGUCAGAACACAAAGUGGUGAUACAUGUCUAAUUAAUUAGUUUGCUGCAUUUAUGGCUAACCGGUCAGAGUGCUUAUAUUGACCCCUGUUCAUCACAGAAAGCACUUUUAAUGGGGAUGUGGGCAUCAGGACUGAACCAGGGAGCAAUAAAAAGUUUGGUGUGGACAUUGUUCUGCUUGGAAAACCUUGGGUCCUGGUAUUCAUGUGAAUGUUAAUUAGACAUGUACCACCUACCUAGAGAUUGUUGUAAACCACGUACACCCCUUCAUGGUAAUAGUUUUCCCGAUGCAGUGGCCUCUCAAUCUGAUUGGGCAUCUGUGUGAUGUGUUGGAACAACAAAACCAAUCCAUGGAGGCCCACCUCACAAUUUGGAGGACUUAAAGGGUCUACUUUUAUUGUCUUGGUGCCAGAUAAUACAGGACACGUUCAGAGCUCUAGUGGAGUUCAUGCCUCAAUGCAACAGAGCUGUUUUGGCAACAUGAGGAGGACCUGUACGAUAUUGUAGCUGAUCAGUGUAUAUAUUUUUCAUUUUUAGAUAUACCUUAAUAGUAUUCUACUUGGUAUCCUUAAAUAGGCAAUUCCACAUAAGGGUACCAUAUUAUGAAGCUAUCUGCUAAACAGCGUCAUAUCCUUAAAUGGAUUCUAUAGUGCUAGGAAAACACACCCAUUUUCCUGGCACUAUAGAAUCCUGCAGUGCCCCCCUCCCUCACCCCUGCAGUGCUGACUGGAUUAAAACCCCUUCAGUCACUUACCUGAAUACAGAGCCGAUGUCCCUUAAGCCCUGGAUCCGGUUCUGCCGGUAGGGGAGGUCUAAUGCGCACGCGCAUUCUCAGAAACUGCAAUAAUUACGACUGUAGGGUUAAGGGACAUAGGACAUUGCACCCAGACCACUUCAAUGAGCUAAAGUGGUCUGGGUGCCUACAGUGUCCCUUUAACUAGGGAAAUCCCACAUAAUUCACCAGAUGAUGAGGUGUUCCUGUUGACUACUGGCACUAUCCUCAACAUCAUCCUUACUCUGCCAGUAGUAGUGGUAGUACAGAAACCAAAAUGUUAUCUGUGCUCUAUCCCAAAUCCCUAUGCACAUUUCAUUAACUGGAGGUUUUUUAGAAUUAAUCCGAUUGCCAUUUAAGCGUAAACUCAACUCCGAUGUGAGUUCUACACUAACAAAUCAUCCUGCUGCUAUCAGCUAAAAGGCAAAAAUCUAUAUUAAGACCGAACGUGGUAUUUUUAUGACCACUACACAGUUAUUAACAAUUCAUUUGGAAUACAUGGGGUGGGCUGCAGCAUUGUGACAUGGCUAUAUGACGCAAACAAAUACAAACACACAAAAUGAAGAUCAAACACCCACUAAUUCUGGGCUGCAGCAAUGGCUACAACAUUCAUCAGCCUGCAUUUAUUGAAUAGAAACAAAAAAGAAACAUUACCUGCCUGGUAUCCAAAUCCCUAUGCACAUUUAAAUAACUAGAGGUUUUUUUAUUACCACUGAGUGUACGCUCACCUGCCAUGUCAAGGCAAACCUUCUAGGUGAGCCCUUCACUAAAAAUACACCUUGCUGCUUCCAGCCUUUUGAUAGCACAUCGAACCAGGCUCCUGUCUCAGCAUUCGUUUCAACCCGUGGCCUGCUGGGAGGAAGUGGGUUCAGGUUGCUGAGAGUUGUGCAGGGAGGCAGGAGCAGGCCCACAUACUCACGAGGGGAAAGGAUAGCCUGGAACCUCAGACUAUUAUCAGGCUUGGUUAGCCUGCUCCCACAUCACCCCAGGAAAACCACCCUACUGCACCCAAAAGGUAAGGAAAUAGGAGCGUAGUUAUAACUCCUAUGUUAAUUGUUACUUAUAUUUGUGUGUCUGUGUACUUAUGUGUAUCUAAGUGUGUGUGUGUGUGUGUAUAUAUAUAUAUAUAUAUAUAUAUAUAUAUGUUUGUGUGUCAGGGUGUGUAUCUGUGUGUGUUGCACUACAUACAUCCCUGCAUUGAAACUCCAACAGUGCACACAAAUAGGCCCCAGCAUACAAAUAAACUCAUGCAUUCAAACACAGGUACUACAAGAAAAUACAGCACUGCAUUCAAACACCAUUACUACAAGCACACCCCUGCAUUGAAACACCCAACUGCAUUUACCUAUACUAAUAAGCACAUAUACACCCUGGCAUACGAUUGUCAACACUACAAGCAAUCGCAUACCUGUAUUCACAUGCCAACACUACACACAAAUUCACUUUUUAUUGUUAUAAUAAAGUAAUACAUUACAUUUAUGACAUUAUGUAAAGUUGUUUAUUGUUUGUGCAUGUGUGUAUGUAUGUAUGUUUAUAUAUAUAUAUAUAUAUAUAUAUAUUUGAUUUUUUUUUUCUCAGCCUUCCUGGGUGGUAUAUUUCUUCCUUAAUCUCGGAUUCUCUACCGGCCACUCUUCAGGACAGCAAACUCAGAUGUUACACGUGGAAUCUGUUUAAGCCUCUCCCCCAUGUGGGAGUCACAGGCCAAGUGUCCCAAUCACAACUGAGACUACUACUGCCUUAACUCUCCACAUCCUUUCUUGUUCUUCUUUCAAUCCUUGGUAUUGGUCCAUUUUCUCAUAUGUAUAUAUAAUAUGCAUUUGGCCCUCCUUACAUAUUUCAGUGGCCAAUUUGGCAAUCCAGAGCAAAUAGGUUUGGCACCUUAGUCUUUGCAUUUCAUCUUACACUCCUUUAUCAAGACUGCUUUAUAAUAAAUUAGUUUGUAAAAUUACCCUCUAUAUUGAUUUCUUGUUUUUUAACCCUUGUAAGUCAAUUUAUGUGUUUCAGGCUCUAGCAGUUUUUAUUGUAAAGCAGUCUUUUUUAUAUUUGUGUGUUUUUGUUUUAUAGUAUAUAUAGUAUAGUUUUAAAGUAUAUUUAAGUUUUUGGCAAUACAUUAGUCCCAACCAUUUGCCUUCCGUCUACUGCAGGUGGAUUUGCAUCCGUGGCAGUAGAAGCUAUUGCAACACAUUUGGUUGAUUAGAGCACAAUAAGGGUAAUAUAGACUGUAUCGAUGCUGUCAAAGUGUCUGGAUAUAUCUAGCUUGACAUAUAAAUUGCUUUACUGCUGCAUCUUUUUCUCUCUGUUGGUUAGUUGUCACUUGAUCUGUGAAUAAAUUAAACAUUUACUGGAAUAUGUACUAAAUUGGGAAUUCAAAAUGAAUUUGAAAUUUCAGACCAGACUGGCUAAACUGAAAGCGUAGCUGACAGUUGAAAUUCACUAAUUUAGUUGAAUUUAAUUGAAUUCUUAAUUUAGUGAAUAAGCCUGUAUAUGGCUGUCCUCUAACCAUCAGUCAUCUUUUUUUUUAUUACAACUUGAUUGGACCUCUUGAUCAUCAUGGAGAUUUACACUUCGUAUUUGCCCGACGCCAAAAAAUAGCUUCUAACCCUUUUUAUCCCCUUUUUUUCUGGCGUUGGGAUUGGCAUUCUGAAUCAAGAACUGAGCUAAACAUGUUUGGACUUGUGCAAGUCCAAAUGUGUUUGUAGAAUUGUAGAAUUUCGUACGAUCAUCAUAUUGACCCAAAAUCAUCCCAAUUGCAGUUUGUCCUGAAAAAUAUAGCUUGGUUGCUUCAUCUAAGUGUUGCUUCUAAGUGUGUGGUUGGAGAUAUUCUGGAGAGUUUUACAGAAGCUUCAACUGUAUAAGAGUUGUGCUAAGAGUUUUCUUUUCUACUGUUACAGAUAAGAUUCAUCUGUAGGAAAAGGUUACUGAUUGCACAAGGUUUGAUUUCCUGUUGGUAAUUAUAAGGCAUUUGAUUUGAUUAGUUAGCUACUUGCUAUUGAUUGCUGUUUAAAUUAGCUAUUGUUUGAAAAUAAGCAGAGGCCUACCCAGGUGUUAAACAUUCCUAGUGUCAUUAGCUUGGCUAAUAUAGCUUGGUUGCUUCAUCUAAGUGUUGCUUCUAAGUGUGUGGUUGGAGAUAUUCUGGAGAGUGUUGCUUCUAAGUGUGUGGUUGGAGAUAUUCUGGAGAGUGUUGCUUCUAAGUGUGUGGUUGGAGAUAUUCUGGAAAUAACCUAGAGGUAAUCUGAGGUAUUCAGGAGGAUAAAUAAAAAGUUAAGAUUCGUUUGAUUUAAAUUAUUCUCCUCAUUGGAAUGGCAGACUUAGUUCAGCGUAAUAGUUGCUAUGCAUUUGUUUCACGUUUCACUUUUUGGAGGUUUGGUUGUUGUCUAAUCUGUAGACAGUUCUCUAUCUUGCGGCAGGAGAUUGUAUUUUUGAAGUCUGAGAUAUGUAAAUUAUCUGGUGAACAAACUCAGACUGGAACUGCUGCAAAGCCACUGCCGCAGAGACAUACUAGGAAUGGCAGAUGGAUUACUGCAGGAUCUGGCAGACUUAGAGUUGUGGAUAAAAGGCAUAUUGCACAGUCUGUUGCUCUAUAUAAUUAAUUUUCUGCACUUUCAGAGUGUAAUGGUGUUGUGGAGAGAGGUACUGAGGCUAGUGGUGUUGUGGAGAGAGGCACUGAGGCUAGUGGUGUUGUGGAGAGAGGCACUGAGGCUAGUGGUGUUGUGGAGAGGGGCACUGAGGCUAGUGGUGUUGUGGAGAGGGGCAAUGAGGCUAGUGGUGUUGUGGAGAGGGGCAAUGGGGCUAGUGGUGUUGUGGAGAGAGGCACUGAGGCUAGUGGUGUUGUGGAGACCGGCUUGGAGACUAUGGUGAGGCCUAAUAGAAAGCAGUUGUUGUUGGGGGAUUCCAUCAUAAGAGGUGUGGAGAUGGACAAUGGUGGUCUUGUGAGGUGUCUUCCCGGAGCUACUGCUCACAGAGACAGGAGACGUAUCUGUAAUAUUGUUAAGCAAGCAAAGCAGGAAGGGGAAUUGGAUGUACUUGUCCAUCUAGGGACAAAUGACUUGGCUUGCAAUGAGGUUUCAGAGGUUAAGGAAGUUUUUAGUGUUUUUGCCAAUGAUAUACGGCAGGUUGCUUCCACACUGUCAUUCUCUGAAGUUCUGCCUGUGCAUAACACUCAGAAUGACAGGCGGAUGCGUAUUAGGGACUUUAAUUUGUGGCUUGGUGAAUGGUGUCGGGAGCAAGGAUUUGGCUUAUUUUCUCAUGGUAGCUCUGUUUGGAAUGGAAAUAACCUGUACAAAAAAGAUGGUUUGCAUCUUUCUCAAAAGGGAACAAAUGUUCUCAGUGAGCAGUUCAGAGGUUUUGCUAGGCUGUAUUUAAACUAGGAGGGGAGGGGGGCAAAAGGGUGAUAAAACAUCAAUCCAGUUGUCCCCCAAAACAAGGACAGAAGGUGCCUGUAGCAAGUGUGUUAAAAAAUGAUAAGCUUAGAGUCAUGUCUACAAAUGCUCGCAGUUUAGGGGAUAAUAUCCAUGAACUUGCGGCAAUAAUGGCAACUGAUAGUGUAGAUUUAGUCGCUGUUACUGAGACAUGGUAUAAUGAGAAAAAUGACUGGGACAUGGCAAAAAGAUAGGGAAGGCAAGAAAGGGGGAGGGGUGGCCCUAUAUGUGAAGGAUAGCAUAAAAUCUAGCCUGAUAAAAGUUAGUGAGGCGAACAUAGAGUCCGUUUGGGUUACGUUAGAAUUUGGUAAUCACACAGUAACUCGUGUAGGUGUGAUUUAUAGGCCCGCAGGACAAAUUGAAGAAUUAGAUAAUCUACUAGUUGAGGAAAUAGCUAAAAUGACAAUGAAGGGGGAAGUUAUCAUCAUGGGUGACUUUAAUCUUCCUGAUGUAAAUUGUAAAACAAAAAAGCUGCUUGUGCCAGGAGCACACAUAUUCUAAACUCCCUACUGGGAUUGUCUCUAAAACAAGUCGUGGAAGAGCCAACUCAUAAAGAGUCCAUACUAGAUUUAGUGUUAACAAAUUAAGAUUUGGUAUCAGAUAUUACUGUAGGUGAAAGUUUAGGAUCCAGUGAUCAUCAGUGAGUGUGGUUUAAUAUAAGAACAGUGACUGAGUCACACCACACAAAAACAAAAGUUUUAGACUUUAGAAAAACUGACUUUUCUAAAAUUAGGGAAUAUGUGUAGAGGAGUCUUUAUCAGACUGGAGCAAUUUAAAUGGAGUCCAAGAGAAAUGGGAUUAUUAAAAAGUUGCACUACUGAAGGCAACAGAAAAUUGCAUUAGGCUUGUCAGUAAAAGUAAAAAAUUCAAGAAACCACUGUGGUACUCCGCAGAUGUGGCCAAAAUGGUUAAAAACAAAAAGUUAGGAUUUAGUAAUUAUAAAAAAAAAACAGAGUGAGGAAGACAAAAUUAUCUAUAAGAUUAGGCAGAAAGAGGCUAAGCAAGUUAUAAGAGCUUCCAAAUCACACACACAAGAGAAAAUAGCACAGUCAGUAAAAAAGGGGGACAAAACUUUUUUUAGAUACAUAAAUGAGAAAAGAAAAGUAAAACAAGGAUUAGUUAGAUUAAAAACAAAAGAAGGAAGGUGUGUAGAAGAGGAUACAGGUCUAGCUGACUGCCUCAAUGAAUAUUUUUGUUCUGUAUUUACAGAUGAAAAUUAAGGAGAGGGACCUCAGUUAAGAAAAAGGAUUAAUGAGUCAUUUAUUACACGUGAGUUUACAGAGGAAGAGGUUCUAUUUCAACUGUCAAAAGUAAAGACAGAUAAGUCAAUGGGACCUGAUGGAAUACACCCAGAGCUAUUAAAAGAGCUUAGUGGUGUACUAGCAAAACCAUUAACAGAUUUAUUUAACCAAUCAUUGUUAACAGGAGUAGUCCCAGAAGAUUGGAAGUUAGCAAAUGUUGUGCCCAUUCACAAGAAAGGUAAUAGGGAGGAGUCGGGCAACUAUAGGCCAGUAAGCCUUACUUCAGUAGUGGGGAAAGUGAUGGAAACCAUGUUAAAGGAUAGGAUUGUUGAACAUCUAAAAACACAUGGAUUUCAAGAUCAGAGACAACAUGGGUUUACUUCAGGGAGAUCAUGCCAAACUAAUCUUAUUGAUUUUUUUGAUUGGGUAACUAAAAUUAUAGAUCAGGGUGGUGCAGUAGACAUUGCUUACCUAGAUUUCAGUAAGGCUUUUGAUACUGUUGCACAUAGAAGGCUUAUCAAUAAACUGUAAUCUUUAAGUUUGGAUUCCAAUAUUGUUGAAUGGGUAAGGCAGUGGCUGAGUGACAGGCAACAGAGGGUUGUAGUUAAUGGAAUAUAUUCGAAGCUUGGACUUGUCACCAGUGGGGUACCUCAGGGAUCUGUACUUGGACCCAUUCUCUUUAAUAUUUUUAUUAGUGAUAUUGCAGAAGGUCUUGAUGGUAAGGUAUGUCUUUUUGCUGAUGAUACUAAGAUAUGUAACAGGGUUGAUGUUCCAGGAGGGAUAAGCCAAAUGGCAAAUGAUUUAGGUAAACUAGAAAAAUGGUCAGAAUUGUGGCAACUGACAUUUAAUGUGGAUAAGUGCAAGAUAAUGCAUCUUGGACGUAAAAACCCAAGGGCAGAGUACAGAAUAUUUGAUAGAGUCCUAACCUCAACAUAUGAGGAAAGGGAUUUAGGGGUGAUUAUUUCUGAUGACUUAAAGGUAGGCAGACAAUGUAAUAAAGCAGCAGGAAAUGCUAGCAGAAUGCUUGGUUGUAUAGGGAGAGGUAUUAGCAGUAGAAAGAGGGAAGUGCUCAUGCCAUUGUACAGAACACUGGUGAGACCUCACUUGGAGUAUUGUACACAGUACUGGAGACCGUAUCUUCAGAAGAAUAUUGAUACCUUAGAGAGGGUUCAGAGAAGGGCUACUUAUCUGGUUCAUGGAUUGUGGGAUAAAACUUACCAGGAAAGGUUAAAGGAUCUUAACAUGUAUAGCUUGAAGGAAAGACAAGACAGGGGGGAUAUGAUAGAAACAUUUAAAUACAUAAAGGGAAUCAACACAGUAAAGGAGGAGACUAUAUUUAAAAGAAGAAAAACUACCACAAGAAGAGGACAUAGUCUUAAAUUAGAGGGACAAAGGUUUAAAAAUAAUAUCAGGAAGUAUUACUUUACCGAGAGGGUAGUGGAUGCAUGGAAUAGCCUUCCAGCUGAAGUGGUAAAGGAGUUUAAGCAUGCAUGGGAUAGGCAUAAGACUAUCCUAACUAUAAGAUAAGGCCAGGGACUAAUGAAAGUAUAUAGAAAAUUGGGCAGACUAGAUGGGACGAAUGGUUCUUAUCUGCCGUCAUAUUCAAUGUUUCUAUGUUUCUAUGAAAUAUAUCUCCAAGUCUAUUUGAGAUAUCUUCACUGGUCAGUUGAUCAAACAGUAUUAUAUUCUGUAUAUAUUCACCUUUCCAGAAAAUCCAGAUGCAUGCCCCAUUAGAAAAUUCAAUCCUCUCGGUCAGACAUGCCAGAAAGCCUGUACUCGAAACCAGGAAUGUGGAUUAAAGAGGAGAUGCUUGUGUGAUGGAGACUGUGGCCUGAGCUGUGUUACAACAAGUAUGUAUUUUUAUUAAGGCUUAGUUUCAUGUACGUUGUUAAUAUGUUAUGUACCCUAAUAUGACAUAAUAUACAGGUAUUAUGUUAUGUCUUAUAUUUAUUUAAGUGUAUGCAUUAGGUAAAGAGCUUUCAUGCCCAACCAAAAUAUGCUUUCUCAUUUGUUGAAAUCCUCCCAUAGAUGUCUGUUGGUUAAUAACUGGACUUGCACGGGGUGUGAAAAUUCAGUGUAUUGAUUUGGAUGGUCUGAGAGUAAAAUCCAAUGCAGACGAUCCACAUUUUUAAUUAAAUUAUUUCAUCAUUUCAAUUCCAAAACUAUAGCUCAAUUAAGCAGUUUGGGUAUAUAGAUAAUGCCCCACCAAUCUCACUCUUUAAUUCUCUGCUAUGUAGGAGUUAAAACAAUUUGAUUAUGCAGUUAUUACCAUAGCUCCAGUGGCUGUGAUAAUAUUUCGGAAACCUGGCCAUUUGCCCCCACCCCAAUAUUAAAAGUAAGAGAGCUCACUGUGGGUUGGGGCAGUUACAUUUUAAAAGGUGGGGGCACCCUCAGGGCACUAUAGUGCUAGGAAAACGAGUAUGUUUUCCUGGCACUAUAGUGGUCCUUUAAACCUCAAUUUCAAAGAAGAGGAAAAGUGGGAAAAUUGCAUGGACAAAUGCAUCCAGGCAUCUUCAUGUGAGCCUGCCAUAGCAGAUAUCAAUAUUAAAAAAAAAAAAAAAAAAAAGUACAGUUUAAGGUAGUUCCUUCGCAUAUGAUACAGAUGUACCUGGGGCAGUAAACCACCAACUGUCAACUUAUUACCGCAUCCUCCUUAAUGGUACAUAUGUAACUGGGACUGCAAGCCACCAACAUUAACUGUUCACUUAAUAUUCCAUCAUCCUUAACCAUGAUUAUGGGUGAGCAGAAUGGGGGUGCUAACAAACAGUAUCUGUGGCACCACAUAUGCCCAGUCCCUGGUAUCACUCUAAAUAUAAAGUGAAGGAGAACCAAUGCUUUAUGCCACUUCAUAGAUAUCCCACAAUGAAUGCAAGCAAAUUAAUAAAAUAUCAAUUGAAAGGACAUGUUAACUGUGCUGAAAAGUAACAGCCCAGCUUCACAUUUAUAUCACAAGAAACACAGUCACUGUAGGCUUAUGACACAGAUGUUUUAGGAAGGACAUUUCUGAUGCCCAAAUGUCUGUUAAAUGACUUCAAUCACCAAAGGGAAGGUGACCAGAUGGUUCUCUUCCCUCCAGUUACAUCAUGCAAAUAUGACUUAUUAAAGGUGCAAUCUGUGCAAUGUGUCUACAAAAAUCUGUAAUUAGAAGCUCAUGAUUCAAAGAAUAUUUAUUAUUAUUUCACAAUAGCAUGUUAUUUACAUUAUUUGAGUUCUCUAAGGUCCUCUUUGCUUCUAUUAGGAACAGUCGAUGAUAGAGUUCAUUUUCACUUUAACUAGCACUGUAACUUAAUUAGUGAGCUUUUUAAAUAGAGACCAAAAGAGGAGUCUGUUCAAUUGUUUAUAAACAGAAUAUGAUGAUUUAACAGUAAAGUGCUGAUCAGGGAAUCCUUUAAAUUUGUCAUAAAAAAUAUUAGUUUUAUGCAUUUCUCCAUUGAAUCUCAUCUUUUUCUUCUGUCCAUUUAUUUUUCCCAAACAUAUUUAAUUGGUGUAUUAAGAUUACUUGGCAAUUGAGGCAAAACUAUAUAUUACACCACACCUCAAGAAUUGUAAUUUUCUUGUAUGUGUUGCUUGGCGUCCCUCUUCACCUGUGUGUAUUGACCCUGCUUGUGUGUCUCUCUUAAUCCCUUUUUCAGCUCCCUUUACCACCUGACAUGUCUCUUAACCCCUGUUACCCUUUGUUACUCUUACCCUCCCUGUGCCUCUUAACCACCCCUUUUGUGUCUCCUAAUCAUACUUUUGCCUAUUUUGUGUUUUGUAUUCCCUUUUAAACCCUCUUAACACAACUUCUGCACCUAGUGCAUCUUACUCAAGGACUCAAGUCCUGCAGGAAAACAGGGGAACAAUGUUUCUGUAAUUUGUUCCUGCAGGACUCGAGACCUGAUAAAGCUACGGUGAAACAUCUUUCUUCCCGGGACAUUGCAGGCCUGUACAGUGCGAGGGGUAGUCCAGGAGGCUCUCUGUUUGCUCCUUUGCCUCUUGUGAGUCCUAGCUGUCAGAUGGUUACUGUGGGUUACCAUGGCAAUGCUCAGACGCUGUACUCUGUCAAGCGUGUAAGAAGUGCAUAUACAUCCCCACACACGCAUUACAGCCCCUACCCUCCAUUCCAUAUCUCUAUCUCCCCAUUUCUGCCACUACUCACCCAACUCACAUACUACAGUCUGUAUCCACCAACUACCAUCCCUAUGCCCACAAUACAACCCUCAACCCCCCACUACAGCCCCUAUUCCCCAUUACAGCAUAUAUCACUUCCAACUACAGCUCCUGUCUACCAACUACAUCACCUACUCCCACAUUACAGCCUCUGUCCCCCACAAAACAGCCUAAUCCCCACAAAAUAGCCUGUAUCCCCCUUAUGACAGUCCCUAUCCUCCACAUUAUUGCCUCCACAGCUCAUAACCCCCAUUUAAGCCCUUUACAAACCCAACCUCCACACCAAUUACAACCACUACAAUCCCUAUUCCCCCACAACAACCCCAGUCACACACAGUAUACAUCCAGUUCCCCACAAAAGAUCCUAACCCAACAUUAAAAACAUUUCUGUAAUACAAGGAUGUACAUGUGGGCAGUGUGUGUAAGUGGGCAGGUCUUACAUGCAAGAUGGUGGCACAAGUGGACCUCAUGAUCUCCUAUUGCCUGGGGACCCAAUGAGUUGUCAGUCUGCCCCUGAUAGGAGCGUAUCAUUUGAAUUUUACUUUUUUUGAGAGGAGGUGUUGGAAAACUUAGGUGAGUUUCCAAACUUUUUUUCUAGACCUUGACCCCUGACUAUCCCUCCUUUUGUCCCUAUUAUUUUCCCGGCACACACCGUUCACAGUUAUGUACCUUUCAUAGUACAUGAUAUGUUUAACAUUGGUGUUAUUGUAAAUGUUAUGGUAGUGUAGGGGUUAAUGGUUACUGUUUAAUGGUUUAAUGUGUAGAGUAUGGAUUAUUGUUUAGUGACAGUGUGUUAUAGAUGUAUAGUCCCUGUACAUUCACAUUGCAACAUAUAUUACCACACAACAGCCCCUACAUCUACAUUAGAGCCCCUAACCAGCCAACACCCACACUACAGUUCAUAUCAGCCCAUUACAGCCAUUACAACCAUCAAUUAACCCACUACAACACCUAACUUCCAACUACAGCUCCUGUCUACCAACUGCAUCACCUAUUCCCACAUUACAGCCUCUGUCCCCCACAAAACAACCUAAUCCCCACAAAAUAGCUUGUUUCCCCCUUAUGACAGUCCCUAUCCUCCACAUUAUUGCCUCCACAGCUCAUAACCCCCAUUUAAGCCCUUUACAAACCCAACCUCCACACCAAUUACAACCACUACAAUCCCUAUUCCCCCACAACAACCCCAGUCACACACAGUAUACAUCCAGUUCCCCACAAAAGAUCCUAACCCAAAAUUAAAAACAUUUCUGUAAUACAAGGAUGUACAUGUGGGCAGUGUGUGUAAGUGGGCAGGUCUUACAUGCAAGAUGGUGGCACAAGUGGACCUCAUGAUCUCCUAUUGCCUGGGGACCCAAUGAGUUGUCAGUCUGCCCCUGAUAGGAGCGUAUCAUUUGAAUUUUACUUUUUUUGAGAGGAGGUGUUGGAAAACGUAGGUGAGUUUCCAAACUUUUUUUCUAGACCUUGACCCCUGGCUAUCCCUCCUUUUGUCCCUUAUAUGCUUCCUUUUGUUUCUUACUUGUCCCCAUCUUGUGUCACUUAUCUCUCGUUAGUGUCUUUACCCUCUUCUGUGUCUUUUACCCCACUUCUAUGUCUUACUCCUUUCCAUGUCCUUACCCUCCCUUCUUCUAUAUUUUACCCUUAUCUUGUAUCUCCUACUAUACCCGUGUAGUUAGGCCUCUAAGAUGUUCAUUAUGCUCUACCCAGUCUAAGGGAAACCACUCACAGCAUGCAAAAUCAUUAUAUCCUUGACCCCUCCAGUCCUGACAUGAUGCAAGCAGAUUUUCUGAGGCCCGGCAGAUGGUAAAGAAGAUUCAUUAUUGUGGUCCUCAAGACCAUACUAGAAAUAGUGAUCAAUAGUGAUCAAAUGGAAGGGGAAGCUCUGUGCACUUCCCCUACUGAUGGCAUGAUACAACCUUUACAAGUCACCCAGGAAGCACGAAGAAUGCUGCCUCCACGUCCAUGAAGUAUGUAUAAUGUUUCUGUGAAGAAGUGUCUUAGUAGAAAUAAUUUCAAAUGAACAACACUCACAAAUAAAUAUUUAUUUUUAACUCUAAGGACUAAACUUUAACAAUACUACAUUCAACUUAUUAUGACACUCAAAACAAUCCAUGUACUAUUACAGUACAGGAUAAAGAUAUAUUCUGCAAAAUAGUGGAAAAAUGCAGGGAUACUAAAAUUAACUGUUAAUGAAUAUGCAACUAUACAUUUUCCCUUGAAUGGAGGUUAAUCAUUCAGACAUUUACAAACAUUUCAAUAAUGGUGAUACUGUCACCAUGUCAAUUUAUACCAGGGAUUGGGGAUGUGAUUGAUCUAGGACAUCGAGAUGGCAUUAUUUUCCCGGCACACACCGUUCACAGUUAUGUACCUUUCAUAGUACAUGAUAUGUUUAACAUUGGUGUUAUUGUAAAUGUUAUGGUAUAGGGGUUAAUGGUUACUGUUUAAUGUUUAGUUUAUGGUUUAAUGUGUAGAGUAUGGAUUAUUGUUUAGUGACAGUGUGAUAUAGAUGUAUAUGUGCCAUGUGUUAGGCUAUUCUAGGGGUUAAGGAGAUAACCUUACUGUAUGGACAGCACAGGAACAUGUCCCAGUGCUGUCUGAGAGCAGUGAGAAUUCCAAUUAAUUACUUAUUUAUGAAAAUGAUAUAAUAAUCUUCAGCAGACGAACCUACCUGUAGGUAGGUAGGUGGGGUGGUGUUGGUGGUGGGUGUGUGUGUGUAUCCGUGUAGAUUUAUCUUGAGAUAAAUAUAUAUAUUAAGACAAAAGAUUUCUUAAUUAUAUAAAGCUGAGUGCAUGCUAUUUCUUCUUAAAGCCCGCAGCUGUCCUUGGCCAGUGAACAUUGCUAAUGCUAAAACAGGAUUGGUUAAAGGAACAAGAAACUUUGGAGAUCAGAUGUCAGUGCUUUGCCAUCCGGGAUUCAAAAUGGCUAGUGGACAAGAGACAGCGCUAAGCCGUUGUCAAGGAGACAGGAAGUGGAGUGUGAUAACACCAUGUGAUGGUAACAGCAACAUGACAUAAUUAUUGUUCACAUUAGUGCACUGCUAUGUGAACUUACUUCCUUUGCAUUCUUAAAUAAAAUACUUCAGGUAAUGCUGGAUAUGGGCCUAAAUGUAAAUAGAUUCUGUAAGCCUGCCAGCAAAUAAACAUAAUUGUUGUAAGCUGGAAAAAUGUAUUCCUUAAACAGGAACUAUUAGCUGUUUGCUGGUGAUAUUUCCCCACAUCUGUAAAUGGUGUAUAUGUUGUAAAUGCUAUAGAUCUGUAAAUGGUGUAUAUAUGCUGUAAAUGCUAAGAUGUGCUUAAGUGAAUUUCCAGGUGAAAGUUGCCUAAAUAUUGUUUGAUAUGGAUACUCACAAAUAUUUAACCCCUUAAGCAGUGCUCCUAACAGUCCUGCCUUUGGCGGCACAGUCCUGAUUUAGGUUAUCUCCUAUAACCUGCCAGAGAAUAUAAAAAUUCUAAAUGUUGCAAGCCAUUUGUCAACUCACAACAAUGUUUAGUUAUUCAACACCAUAAUUUAAGUUGACCGGCCUCUCUGUAAAGGAAGAUGGGAAACAAGUAAACAUUGGUUUUAGUUCUUUUCAAAUAUUUAUGUUCCUUUUAGAGUCGAUUACCAUAUUGUGCAUUUUUAUUCAAAAAGGUAUAGAAAUAUACCUGAUAAUACGUUAAAAAUAUCAGGAUGUGAGGAGCAAACACACAGCAAUCACUGGUAUUUUUCAUGUUAUGUUGCUUACAUUGCAAAAAAAAUAAAAAAUAAUCAUUAGUGGGUAUCUGUGUCCCAUUUAUUUAAAAAUAAAAUCUUAUCCUUUUUGUUUGUUUUAAAGCAGUGCUUGAUCCAGUAAAGUCUUGUGAUGUGCCACAUACUAUAGAGAAUGGAUUCUUAAUGGAAAAUGGGUCUACUUUCUCAGUUGGAACCUCGGUUCACUAUCAAUGUAAUCUGGGGUAUGUUGUAUGUACUGACUUGAUUUGUUCCAAUUGAUAUUCUUUAUUGACAUCUUUAAGAACUAAACAUGUAUACGAUUUUUUGAUUAGUAAAUCUGUCCAAAUGUUGCAGUUACUAUGUAGUAUCAACAGCAUUUUAUAUAAAAUAUUGUAAACAAAAUGUAUGCCAGCUAUGACUUUGGUAAAUUUUUAGGGUUCCUAUUUUAGCAUAGCCUAGAACAGUGAUGGCGAAGCUUUUUGAGCCCGAGUGCCCAAACCGCAAUAAUGCCAACUUUUUUUUCCUCAAAGUGCCAACACAGCAAUUAAAUCUGAAUACUGAGGUUUAAGUUUAGAAAAAAUAACUCGUACAGUUGUCCAAACGAAUUAACAACUUUUGUUUUAAAAGAACACAACAACAGAGAGUUCAAUUAUACAAAUUUUAAAUAAUUAAUAAAAUUAAGCUUAUAUUUAUUAGUAUCUCCAACAAAUGCAAUACAUACACACACAGACUGCUGAAUACAUAGACUGCUGAAUACACACACACACAGUCUGCUGAAUACACAUACAGACUGCUGAGUACAUAGACUGCUGAAUACACACACACACACACACAGUCUGCUGAAUACACAUACAGACUGCUGAGUACAUACACACAGACUGCUAAAUACAUACACAUAGACUGCUGAAUACUUACACACACACAGUCUGCUGAGUACACACACACAGUCCACUGAAUACACACACUUCUGAGUACACACAGACUGCUGAAUACAUACACACAGACUGCUGAAUACACGUACACACAGACUGCUGAAUGCACAUACACACACACAGUCUGCUGUACACAUACACAGGCUGCUGAAUACAAACACACAGGCUGCUGAGUACACACAGUCUGCUGAAUACAUACACACACAGUCUGCUGAAUACAUACACACACAGUCCGCUGAAUACACACACAGAGUCCACUGAAUACACACACUGCUGAGUACACACAGACUGCUGAAUACAUACACAGAGACUGAUGAAUACACAUACACAGACUGAUGAAUACAUACACACACACAGACUGCUGAAUACACACACAUACAGACUGCUGAAUACACACACACACAUACUGCCUUGAGGGGUGCAGUGUAUGUGUUUGUGUGUGGGGUGCUGUGUGUGUGGUGUGCUGUGUGUGAGGGGUACUGUGUGUGUCUGUGUGAGGGGUGCUGCAUGUGUGUUUGAGGUGUGCUGUGUGUGUGUUUGUGUGAGGGGUGCUGUGCUGUGUUGGGAUGUAGGGGUGCUGUGCUGUGUGGAGGGUAGGGGUGCUGGGCGGGGGUAAGGGUGCUGUGCUGUGUGGAGUUAGGGGUGCUGUGCACUGCAUAUAGUGCCAGGAGUACCCUGGCAGACUCCAAGGGAAAGUAGGCAAACCCUUUGCAAAGGGUUUGACAACCUGAGGCCUGCUGGGUGCUAGUUCUCUUGUGCAGCCAGAAACCUGUGGUGCAUGGAUGUGGUCAUUUGCUUUGCAGGGCUUAGCUCAGGAGAGCUAAUGGUUGCUUUUGAUUAGGAGCUUCUGGCUCUCCAUAGGAGGUAGCGGAGGUGGGAGUUGGCAACCAGUGGAUCCCAUGCAAGUGUUCCUUCAACUAGUCAAAAAAUGUUUCUAGUCCAAGUGAUUUUAUAUGGAUCUAGUUUAGAGGUGAAAGUAUGCUUUAGAUUAAUUGCAUUAUUGCAGGUGAGAUAACUCAUUGGGCUAAUGCAUCAUCGGUAGAAUCUGUUUAAUCCAGGUUCAAAUCCCGGCAGGGUUGACUCAUCCGUUCAUCCUUCCGAGGUAGAUAAAAUGAGUACCAUUAAAUUGGUUAAUAGUAACAACCCCUGGAUGUUGGGCUAAGGUAGCAUCCCCAGGACGUACUUGAAAACUAAAGUAAUCUGAAUGUACCUUUCCUGGUUAAAUACUUUGUUAUUGUUAACCCAAUAGUAUAAAUGGCAAGGUUUUUAUUUAGAUAGGAACUACUUUUAUUCAUUUAUUUUUUCUCUGGAACAUUUUCAUGCUAAAAUUACUUCAAGAUCCUACCUUACAAGAUCAUCUUAAUUAAUUAAGAAUAUAAGUAAAAUAUGUUAUAUAUGCAAAAUUAGUAAGUAGAAUUUUAUAUUUUUUUACUUAAUCAGAUUUUUAUAUCAUAAUCUUCUUAGAGUUUGAAAUACAUACAGCAACUAGAAUUAAAUAUUACUAGACCUAAAGUCCAAAAAUCCCCAUAGGGAAUCCAUUUAAGGUCCAAACUGUAUUUUUUUUCAAAUAAAACCUCAAUUCAAUAGUUUAAAAUACAGUAAAAUAUGUAAGAGUUCCCAUUUAAAUCAAUCAGAAUUUCUUUUGUAAAUCAUUAAAAACACAAGUUACUAUAAGCAAAUCAAAUGGUUUUCUUUGCUGAGUGGCCUUCGGGAACAAUAUCCUAGCUUAAAGGGCUUCUCUCAAUUCUCUUCAAUUUACACCAUUGAAAAUUACCUAUAAUGUCUGUUAACCUUCUCUGUGCUGAUUGCUAGGUGCAAAGUUCCUAUAACAAUGACUCACAGGGAGCCAAGAUGGAGGCACCCAAUUGCAAGAUAAAGGAUGUGGAUUUCUACAUUUCUGCUUGGCCCAUUCCUACGUAGGACAACUCUGGUCAUGGACUGAAUGCCCUGACUGGAUUUUGCACAGUCCUGUAUGGGAACAUUUUCUUGGUAUCCACAAAGUCCAAACACCAGAAAACUACCGUAUUUUCCGGCGUAUAAGACGACUUUUUACCCCUGGAAAAUCUUUUCCAAAGUGGGGGGUCGUCUUAUACGCCAGCCCUUCUAAUGCUGCAGCCGCCUGAGCGCUCUAUAAAGCGCGCUCAGAUGGCUGUUGCACUGCCUCUCUUACCUCCCCUUCCCUGUGCAGAGUGGGUGGCCGAGCUCCUCUUCGUCCUGUCAGUCCUCAGUGCUCACUUCCUUUCAGUCCGGCCGGGAACAGGUAACUGAAUCUCCUGUACCGCGUGGUACCCGGCCAAAAAUGGAGGGAAAGAAGAAGAGACACAAGGAAAUGGUUUAGAAUUUAUUUGAACAUUUGGUUUACAUUAACAUUUGAAAUCCCUACUUUUUGCCUGCAACAAAACAACUGCAACUUUAAAAACUCAUUACUUUUUGAUUUGAAUGUCAGUUGUAGAUACAUUUAAACUGUGGUAUCACUUUAUAAAAUGUUUAAAUGGGCAAACUAAGCAACAUAACCAUUACCGUUCACACCGUAAACUAUUGUCCAGUUAGUCUCUGGGUGCUGUCCCUAGCCUAACAUUCAAGGUUGGAUGGAUGACAGUAAUUUAACUUUCACAUUAUCUAAGCAGCUUUAGAGAGGUUGGGUUUUGAUUGUUGGGGAGAUUACUACUUUUUAGCAAAGCUUUAAAAUGAUUUAACAGAAAACAAAGCCACAGCACCCAAUGCUCUACUGAAUCACAGCCACAACGGGUGGUUAUGGUGCAUUGCGUCAAUUUUAGAAACACUACAAACAUCUUAAACUUUUGAAGAUGACUUAUAAACACGCUGCAACACACACACACACGUGUGGUUCAAAAGGCUUCUCAGUGGUUAUUCCCCAGCACAGGAGAGGAAGCUUAUGGCAUGGAAGAGGAGGAGGACUUGCAGAAACUGCAGAUACUAGAUCUGCAGCUAUUGCAAGCACAUUUUUCCACAUACCCCUAAAGAAAACAUGCAAAAUUAUUACAGGUUUAAUUUGGGGUAUAUCUGCUAAAUUGUCUUUUAAAUGGAGUGUUCCCUUAAAAUGACACCCGUCACCUUAAAACUAUUUUUUUUAAUAUAAGAAUCCCAUCAUUGAGUUUUGAAAGGAAAGUAUAUCCCAAACUCUAUAUUUUAACUGGAAAAGUUGGGGGUCGUUUUAUACGCCCAGUCGUCUUAUACGCCGGAAAAUAUGGUAACCUGAGGCAGUGCGACGGAUCCCAAAUACAUUUUGGAGGCAUGCUACAACUACCUGUGAUUAAUGAAUAGUAUAAAUAAAUCACAAUUAACUCUGCUAAUAUCUUGACUAUCCCUAAUUUCAAGUAGAAAGUAAAAUGAUAUGGAGCUACAAAGAAGGGUGGGCAGAAGUGAUUUUCAAACUCAGUCACAAAGCACUUUAUUCCAAAAAUACACAGUCACAAACAUGUAAUUUUAAAAAAAUCACAACUUGUACAAUAUAGAAAAUGUCAUUACUGUAAUUAAGAAUGGGUACGAUUAUAUGUUGCCCUUUAAAUUUGCAGUAGCUAAUUAAUAAAACACUUUUAAAAUAAAUAACUGCAUUAUACAUGUCACUCAUUGCUUUUAAGAAUGUGUGCAAGUAUGUACUACCUACAUGUUCAGUGACAUUUACUAAACCAAAAAGUAUCAGGAUAUUGACCAGAGAAUUAAAAAUGUUAGGCCAGUAAAGCUGAACUGGUAGAAAUCUACAAGAAGAUAUAUCUAGUGUGUAUUUUGGCCUAGAAUUAGCAAAUUCUGGCAACAGGUGGCUGCCAGUAAUUUUUUUUUACAUUUUAAUAUGCUACAUGUUGUGUACAUCCUGAAUAAAGGUUUAAUUUGCUAUCCCAGAUCUAAACCAGUGGAAUUUAGAAAUUCACAUUUAGAUGAUUAAAAGUUUUUGGGAAAUUAGCUGAGCUGAAAUCUAACUUAAAGGGUUACUGCAAAUAAAUGAUUAUAAAUGAUUUUUAAAAUAAAAUGAAUAAUGCCCUACUGGGCAUUUUUUCUUUCAGUUCCCUCCCUCUCGAUAUCUCUAAAAUAUCAUCAAAGCUCACGGCGCUACUUUCAAUUACUCCUCCUGAUUAUUAAUAAUACAAAAAAAAUAAUUAAACUGAGCAGCUUAGAAAAUAGGAGGUCGAGAGAGGACAUAUCAAACUCCUCUUGCAGGCUUUGAUUGCCAGGUCUCCUCCGUGUGGUGCAGUGACGGGGCAGGAGGAUGGAGUGUAACAGAGCUUCCUGUACCCCAGUUGGGUACCUCUGCUGACAGAUGCUCCAAGCACUCCACCAGACACCAUCAGCACCACAGUCCCCACAUCCAGCAUUUCAGCUUGGCUGGGAACUUGCCAUUCUCUACCCACCCAGGACUUAUGACAGGGCUCCAGGUUCCAGUGGGUGAACCUCUACUCAAAGAAAGAGUAGCAAGAACAAGCUCUUAAAAGAGCUUAGUGAUUAUAAUUGCUGGGGAGUUCAGUGAUAUAGCAAUGGUUCUCACCGCGACAUCCAAACGCCAGACGAGGUCACCCCAGAAGGUCCCAACAAGAGAUUUUAACUUGGGUGCUUUAUGGUUCUCAGCCUGUGUUCUUGCCUCUGAGCCACUUCAGUUCCAUGUAUCCUUGCCAAGUCUCCAGCACUGUGGGCUUGACUUAACCUGUGACUGCUCCUGUCAAUCGUGGUCCAGCUGUAAAGCAUCACUGAUUAGCCAGGUAUAAGACACUGCCUUUCUCUGAGAGCAGUGUCAGUUCAUUGACUCUGGUUCCUGUGUUGGUGUUCCAGUGUUCUCCAGGUGGCUCCUGACCUUGGCUUUCUAUUCGUAUAUCCUGACUUCUGGCAUCCUCUGACUUUAGCUUACUCUCAUUUAUCCUGACUUCUGUGACCCUCUGACUUUUGGCUUAUCCUCGACAAUUCUCCUGCUUGUGUCCUUACCUGUACUGCGACUUGGAGCAAUAUCCUGCACAGCCCCAGGGCACAGACUCACAGGCCAGGUGAAUUCUUACCUGACCACAUUGGCCUGUGUUUAAUUGCAAGGGUGAGCACAUAUCUCUGCAUACCGAACUCCCACCUCAGGUAAGCCGUGACACCCCCCAUCCGAGGUGAGGCUCUAUGUUGAGGGUAAAAAAUGAACUCAGCAGAUCUGAGGGUUUAUUGAACAGCUUGGUCUUUUAUACAGUUUUCCCCACAAGGUUACCACCCAGGUGGACCUUGUGGGGCACAGGAACAACAAGCCAAUAAAAACAUCGUUUUACAUUCAGUCAUUCCCAUACAGUGUACACAAUCCCUCCCCUCUGCCUGUGAGAUAAUUACUAACAUUUUUACAAACCCCAAAUUAAACAAACCCCCACAAAAGUCACAUCCCCUGAUAGCCCCAAGCUGGGUGAACAACAUAUCCAAUAAUCACCCAGAUCGGUUCAGUGGUUCAGGAAUUUCCUGGAAGUCUUAUUUUUGCCCCACAGUGCACAUGGUCCCAUGCCCAAAACAGUUCCGUCUCUGUCCCAUAGCCAGCGUCACAGCUGCGUGGUGGGGAAAGUUGGUAGUUCCCGGAUCAAGGACCACGCUCUGCCCUGAUGCCAGCCCUUCUGCUGGGGUGGGUUGGGGAUCUGGAUCAGCCGUCGAGCAUCGCUGUAGAUCCAGUACAGAGACCGCGGUCCCAUCUGUACUAUUGGGGUCAGGGUUGUUGUCCCCACUCCUGUAGCUCGCUCUGCUGCUGGGGAGUGAGACCAGUUGUCUCCACUCCCUGUAGGAUAUCCUGCCGCUUGGGAGAGAGGCCGGCUGCCUCCUCUCCCUGCAAGGUAUACUGCCACUGGAGAGUAGGACUGACUGUCCCCACUCCCAGUAGCUCGCUCAGCCGCUGGGGAGCCGCUCCCUGUGAUGCACACUGCCGCUGGGGAGAGAGACCGGUUGUCUCCUCUCCCUGCAAGGUACACUGCCGCUGGGAAGGGAGACCGGUUGUCUCCUCUGCCUGAAACUCACCCUUCUGCUUGGCAGUGAGACUGAUUAUCUCCACUCCCUGUAGGAAACACUGCCGCUGGGGAGGGGACCAACCUUCUCCACACCCUGUAACUCACCCUGCCACUGGGGAGGGAGGAUGCAGCUCUUCUCUCCUGGUGACUCUGUCUGCAGCUGGGGAGAGAGACUGGUUGUCUCCUCUCCCUGCAAGGUACAAUGCCGCUGGGGAGGGUGGCCGACCGUCUCCAUUCCCUGUAACUCACCCAGCCGCUGGGGAGGGAGGACGAUGCUCUCCUCUCCCUGCAAGGGAAGUUGCCGCUGGGGAGGAAGGACGAUACCUUCGGCUCCCUGUACUGCCCACUGCUGUUGUAACUUGUACAUCCUGAGGGUGUAGUGCCGCGGUUCUCCUCGUCCAAUUCUCACAUAGUUGCUGUGAUAGUCUCUGUCGAAGGAUCUGGGCCAUAUCUGGCUAGCCGCCUGUCUAGGCAUCGCCCUCAAAGCAAUACGUCAUGAUUGCUGUAGUCCGGGGCUCUGUACGGGGACAAGUGUUGCCCUUAAUUAUAACUCCAUAUGUUAUCGAUGCCUCCGAGCUGCUUCUCCUCACACUAGGCAGCCAUUCCACCGCUUGCGACCAAUAUAACUGAGUUUCUUGUACCCUAGUUGGGUACUGUAAUGGAGCUUCUUGUACCCUAGUUGGGUACUGUAACAGAACUUCCUGUACCCUGGCUGGGUACCUCCACCGACGGAUGCUCCUAAUGCUCACCGAGGACUCCAAGCACUCCACCAGACACCAUCAGCACCGCAGUCCCCACAUCCAGCAUUACAGCUUGGCUGGGAAUUUGCCCUCCUCUACCCACCCUGGACCUAUGACAAGGCUCCAGAUUCCAGUGGGUGAACCUCUCCUCCAAGAGAGAGUAGCAGGAACAAGUUCUUAAAAGAGCUUAGUGAUUAUAAUUGCUGGGGAGUUCAGUGAUAUAGCAAUGGUUCUCACCGCGACAUCCAAACGCCAGACGAGAGUAGCAGGAACAAGUUCUUAAAAGAGCUUAGUAAUUAUAAUCCCUGGAUAGUAUAGUGAUAUAGCAAUCCCCAGGGUAGAUGCAGCCUUUCCCCCACACAUGAGGUGAGGCUCUAUGUUGAGGGUAAAACAGGAACUCAGCAGAUCUGAGGGUUUAUUGAACAGCUUGGUCUUUUAUACAGUUUUCCCCAGGUGGACCUUGUGGGGCACAGGGACACAUGAACAACAAGCCAAUAAAAACAUAGUUUUACAUUCAGUCACUCCCAUACAGUGUACACAACCCCUCCUCCCCCCUUCUGCCUGUGAGAUAAUUAACAAAGACAAUGGACUAACUCAAUUAACUCUAAGCGGAAAAAACAUACAUUUUUACAAACCCCAAAAAGUACCCCAAAAUACAACAAAUCCCCACAUCCCCUGAUAGCCCCGAUCUGGGUGAACAACAUAUCCCAAAAUCACCCAGAUUGGUUCAGGAAUUUCCUGGAAGUCUUAUUUUUGCUCCACCGUGCACAUGCUCUCAUGCCCAAAACUGUUCCACACACCCAACGACAAAAGACUGCUGGACAAUUUAAGAUGGCCGCCGCCACAUGUUUGAAUCUGUUCCAGUUAAAAGUCCAAGGGGCAGAAACAGUACUUUUGAACAUAGGUUAUCACAGGGCCCAUAGUCCCAGGGUAGGAGGCUGGCAAACAGGCCCCUUCCAAAAACCAGUGGCGAGGUUACGUUCGCCACAUAUGGCAAGUGAAAUCAAAUCCUGUGCCUCCUGUCCUGAAGAGGAAGAGCAACCUGGCAGGUAAGCUCUUCCCUGCACAGCCCCUUCCCCUGCAAACUCACAGUCCCCCUCCCUGCACAGAUCCCUCACCUGCACAUAUCCCCCUGCCUCUCUGACAGCCUACCUUCCUGCACAGAUCCCCUCUCUCCCUGCCUCCCCCCUCCCUUCACAUAUUCACUCUACCCCUGUCUCUCUUGCAGUCCCCCUCCCUACCCUGCACAUAUCUCCUCUCCCAUUGCCUCCCCUGCACAGAUCCCUUCUCCCCCUGCCUCCAUGAAAGCCCACCUGCCUCACUUACAGUCCCCCUCCCUGCACAGAUCCCCUCUCCCCCUCCUUCAUCUGCACAGAUCCCCUCUCUCCCUGACAGCCCCCUCCCAGCACAGAUCCCCUCUCUCCCUGCCUCCCUGACAGCCCCCUACCUGCACAGAUUCCCCCUCCCCUGCCUCCCUUACAGUCCCCCUCCCUACAUCGAUCCUCUCUCCCUUCUCAUGCACUGAUCCCCUCUCCCCCUGCACCCUGACAGUCCCCCUCACUCCCUUUUAAAGAUCCACUCCCCCUGCCUCCCCUGCACCCAGACAGUCCCCCUUACUUCCCUGUACAGAUCCCCUCUCCCCUCCCUCCCCUGGACAGACUCCCUCUGCCCUCCCUCCCCUGCACAGAUCCCCUCUGCCCUCCCUCCCCUGCACAGAUCCUCUUCCUCCCCUGCACAUAUCUCCUCUCUCCCCCGCACAGAUCCCCUCUCCGCUGCCUUCCAGUCCCUCUCACAUUGUAAAGAUCCCCUCACUUCCUUGUAACAUCCCCUCCCUCCUCUGCACAGACCCCCCACUCCCUGCACAGAUCCCCUCUCCUCCUGCCUCCUCUGCACAGAUCCCCCUCUCCCCUGCACAGAUUCACUGUCCCCCCUCUCCUGCACAGAUCCCCUCUCCCUCCACAGAUCCCCUCUUCCCUGUACAGAUUCCCUCUCACCCUCCUCUGCAAGGAUCCAGUCUCCCACUCUCUCCUGCACAGAUCUCCUCUCUUCCCUAUACAGAUCCACUCUCCCUCCCCUGCACCAUCUCCCUCCGUCCCUGCACCCUCCACACACCCCCUCCGUCCCUGCCAAAAAAUAAAAGUAUAUUAAGGGUCUUAAAUUUAUUUUUAUUUUUUUGCUUUUCACUCAUAACUGUUUUCUUUCACACCAAUAUAAAGUUAAAUAUACUGAAGUGCUUCACGAACAAGAAUUAUUUAAAGGAACACUCUGCCCAAAUGGGCAAUACCCCCGCUCCAAAUCACUGUUUAGUAGAUAUGCCCCCAACUAAUUACAUGCAUGCUUUUUUUUUUUAAUGCAUGUACUCAUUGGGUGUAUAUCUUAAAAAUGCUUGAAAAGGUUGUAAACUGUGUUGAGCUAGAGGCAUUGAGUACAUAAAAGAGGUAUGUCUGGUGCAGCCACGUAUGUCCGCGACUGCACCGAAUAUGACGUGGGUGGUCGAGAUAGGGCAGCAAAAGCUCUAGCUAGACCACUGAAGAAGCCUUAGCACAAAAGGCUAAUUACUAAUUAGUUGGCCUUUCAGAUUUUUGUCAAUCCAGCACACAAUCAGAAGACAUGAGCAGGGCCUUUGUUCUCUACCCUACACUUUGAGGGUCUCACAGUAAAAGGAAAUAUUUUAUAAAUUAUUUUUAUUUUAUUUUUCUGUGGCAUCAACAUGUGGACUUUCUAAGAAUAUUUGAUACUAAGACAACAGUUGUGUGUGUGUGUGUGUAUACAUAUAUAUGUAUAUAUGAUCUUUAAAGUUAUUACUGCUUUUUAACACAGGUAUGCACUUGAAGGUCACAAGGUCACACAGUGUAUGGAGAACACCACUUGGAGUCAACCAGCUCCAACAUGCAGACGUAUGUUCAAUAUGAUACAUAGAAUAUUCCCAUGUAUUUUUAUCUAAAAAAAAAGUUUUUUGGCAUACAUUUUACAGCCUUGAUUUCACACUGGAUAUGAUGUUACCUAACAUUCUGUUAUAAAUGGCUAAACUAAACAUUCACCCCUGGUGCAUGAGGGCCCUAUUCCAUUCCCUACCCACCAGCUGACCUGAGAAAACACCCCUUCUAUUUAAAUAACCCCAAUUGUUCAAUACUCUUUCUAUAAGUAUUAGGAUGCAGAGGCAAUAUAACCUAAAAAUGAUAAAAGACUGUAUUACAAAUAUAUUUCAUUGUUACUUCUCAAGUUCUUACUGGAAGAUAAUCUAAUUUGUUUAUACCAUCCCUGAAACCUGUGAAGGUUAAGGAACCCUCUUCUAAUUAUAUUAUCCUUCACAGAUGUUUUGUUUUUUUCCUACCCCAUCUACACAGGAAAUUUGGGCGUUUUCCCGUUGUAUAAUUAACUCCUACUUCCAUGUCUAUAUUUACAGUGGCAAAUGCCAAAUGAGGACCCUAGUAGGGGAUAUUUGCAGAUCUUUCUGAAAUUCACUUUACAUACAAAUGUUAUACAUGAGUAACGAACUGUUAGGAAUAAAAAAAAAAACUGUAUUUCUAACACUACAGUGUCCCUCUUCCCCAUGGCCCCCACUGGCAACUAAAGUGUUAAAAACAUUUUUAACACAUACCUGAUUGCAGCGCAGAUUUCUGGAUCAGGGUCCUCCUUUGCCAACGUCAUGGCGAUCCAGAAACCUAAUGAGCAAUCGCAUUAAGUGCCGCACGUGCAUUAGGCCUUCCCCAUAGUAAAGCAUUGAAUUAAUGUUUUCUUUUGAGGUUUUCAAGAUGCUGGAGGUGCUCAUGCAAAGCCUAUAGUACCUCUUUAAAGGAACUCUAUAGUGCCAGGAACAAAAACUUGUUUUCCUGGCACUAUAGGAUUAUUCGGUCCCCCCUCAUGGCCCCCCCUCCCUCAGCACUGAAGGGGUUAAAACCUCUUCAGCCACUUACCCUAAUCCAGUGCCAGGCUCCUUUGGUGCUGGUGACCUCUCCUCCCCUGCCGACGUCAGCCACUGAGUGGAGCCACAUGCUCGGGCCAGAGCUGCGUGCAUUCAAAUCGCCCAUAUGGGGAUCUGAACUCGCGCGGCGUGAGUUCAAUUCGAUUUUCACACUGAUAAUCGCGGGAAGCAGCCUCUAGUGGCUGUCAGUUGCAGGGUUAAAACUAGGGGGACCUGGCACUCAGACUUAAUUGAGCUGAAGUGGUCUGGGUGUCUUUAUGUAGAACAAGUUUUCUUUUCUCCAUUGUUUUCUAGUAGGUAGUGCUGCAAAGAUUAAAUGCAGGCAGUGUAAGCUUCAACUCUUUUUAUUGUCUAUAAGUAAUAAUAUAAUUUUCCCUUUCAGAAAUAUUCUGCCCCCCACCGCCAGAAGUAAAACAUGCUUAUCUUCUGGCAAUUCAGAAAUCAGAAUAUGCGGUCUUUGAAGAGAUAAAUUAUCUUUGUGAUAGAAAUUUGGAUAUGGAUGGGUCCCACAAUGUCACUUGUGAAGCAAAUGGAAACUGGUCUGCAAUUCCAAUAUGUAGAAGUAAGUAUUACUCAAAGGUAAGUCUGAAUGGACCUGCACUAAAAUUGGCAAACUGGUCCAAUGCUGUACAGGGCCAUUCGGACUGCCCAAUUUUGCAGAAACAACUCGAACAACCCUGAAUUUGGUCCAGAUUUCACCUAGAGCAAAUGCUAAUGGAUGGUUGAAAUCUGGACCUGGAUUGUUUGUUUUGAAGCACCCAUGCCGAAUGUAAAAAAACAAAAACUAUUUGCCAGACAGCUGGCAAACCAUUAAAAAACUCUCAGCACAUAAGGGUUAACCAAGUGGUCCUGUCACAACUGGGACUACUACUGCCUUCACUUUCCACAUCCUUUCUAGUUCUUCUUUCAGUCCUUGGUAUUUCUGCACCUUCUCAUGUUCCUUCUUCCUGAUGUUAUAGUCACUGGGUAUUGCCACAUCCACCACGACUGCAGUCUUCCUUCCUUGUCUACCAUUACGAUGUUGGGUUGGAUGGCCAGCACUUGCAUGUCUGUCUGCAUCUUGAGAUCACAGGAUCUUAGCCCUGUCAUUCUCAACUACCCUUUGUGGUAUCUCCCAUCUGGACUUAGGCAGGUCCAAUCCAUAUCCUGUCCAAAAGUUUCGGUACACAAUCCCAGCAACUUGGGAAAGUCUAGGUGCUGGACUGUCUCAGAGGCCUCUUUGCACAGUCUGCACCUUAGGUCUUGCCCUGUGUUGUAGACUCCAGCUUCUAUUAAUCUGGUGCUGAGUGCCUGUUCCUGUGCUGCUAGGAUUAGUGCAUCAGUGCUGUCUUUCAGUCCUGCCUUUUCCAACCACUGAUAGGAUUUUUGUCAUGUGAUCCACAUCCACUAUCUGCCGGUGGUACACCCCAUAGAGAGGGUUGUCUUGCCAAGGAACUUCCUAUUUUUCUGCAUCCUCUAUGUGUUGAAGUCUCAGGCAGUUCAUAUUUGGGAGCCAUCUUCAUGAUGCACAUGUGGAUGCUCUGUGUUUCAUGCAGGACUGUGUCCUUGACACUCAUCAGGCCCGACCUCCUUCCUUACGGCAGGUGUACAGUCUCUGGGUGCUGGAUUUCGGAUGGAAUCCACCAUUCAUAGUGAGCAGUUUUCUGGUCUUGACAUUCAUGGUGACCAGUUCUUCUCUUGGCCAGGUUAUUAUUCCAGCUGUGUACCUGAUGACCGGUAGGGCAUAUGUGUUGAUGGCUUGGAUCUUGUUCUUGCCAUUGAGCUGGGACUUCAGGACCUGUCUGACUCUUUGGAGGUACUUGGAUGUUGCUAUCAUCCUUGUCUCUUCCUCAUGGUUGCCAUGCAUUUGUGGUACCCCCGGGUACUUGUAGUUGUCCUCUACAUCUUCUAUUUGACCUUCUGGAACUUCAACUCCUUUUGUCCUGAUUAUCUUCCCUCUUUUUGCUAUCAUCCACCCGCACUUUUCUAGUCAGAACGACAUUCCGAUGUCCUUGCUGUAUAUCCUAGUUAGGUGGAUCAGUGAGUCAAUGUCCCGCUCAUUCUUGGCAUACAAUUUGAUGUCAUCCAUAUAGAGUAGGCAGUUGAUGGUAGCUCCACUCUUGAAUCUGUAUCGGUACCCACUCUUCUUGAUGAUCUGGCUAAGGGGGUUGAUGCCUAUGCAGAACAGCAUUGGGGAAAGAGAAUCACUUGAGUUAUUGUCCUGGAAUUGGCUUCUAGAGUUGUUUUCCAUUGCCCAUUGAGUUCUUGAUGAAGGCUCAUAUUGUCUUGCUGACCUUGUAGAGAGCCAAGAAUCCCAGUAUCCAUGUGUGUGGCAUUGUGUCAUAGGCUUUUUUGUAGUCAAUCCAGGCUGUACAAAGAUUGGUCUGUCUGGUCUUAGAAUACCUUGUGACUGCUUGGUCUACCAGUAGUUGGUGUUUUGAUCCUCUGGUGUUGUUUCUGAGUAUUGCUCAUAUGACAGGAGUUUCCAGAUAUUGCAUUUCAUGUACAAACCAACGAACCACUGCAUUUUCACCUAGACACUGACCCCUAUCGGUCAUUCGGUGUACUACAGGCUUCUUAGACGUUUUUGCAUUUCAUGUACAAACCAAUAAACCACUGCAUUUUCACCUACACACUGACCCCUACCGGUCAUUCAGUGUACUACAGGCUUCUCAGAUAUUAUUGCAUUUCAUGUACAAACCAACGAACCACUGCAUUUUCACCUAGACACUGACCCCUACCGGUCAAUUGGUGUACUACAGGCAUCUCAGACAUUAUUGCAUUUCAUGUACAAACCAACGAACCACUGCAUUUGCACCUACACACUGACCCCUACCGAUCCUUUCGGUGUACUACAGGCUUCUCAGACAUUAUUGCAUUUCAUGUACAAACCAACGAACCACGGCAUUUUCGCCUACAUGCUGACCCCUACCGGUCAAUCGGUAUACUACAGGCUUCUCAGACUUUAUUUCACUUCAUAAGCAAACAAACUAACUACAGCAUUUUCGCUUUUAUACUGACUCCUAUCUGUCAAACGAUAUACUACAGGCUAUAAUUAUAAUUACACAAUAACACUUCCUUACAAAUCAUGCUUGCUAUGAUAUAAUCAUUUCUGCAUACCUGCCUACAUAGGCAUUUAGUUACAUUUACUGACAAUACGCAUACAUUUACCCAAGAAUAAAAACAAAACAGAGAGUAAGCGCUAGCUAAUAUGAGGGCAGCAACCCUAUAAGCGAAUCCCUCAGGAACCCUUAAAAAUGACGCUGAGAGAGAGAAAGAAUAAAAGAUAAGGGCUGCACCAAUAAGAACAAAAUACAAAAUAAAAUAGCAAAUAGUCCAAAUAAAUGAGUGUAAUAAAAAAAGAAAGUCUUAUCUAGAAUAUGCUCUUUGAGGUCAUGGAAUCUAUCCGUGCUUGAUCCGGAACAAUUGUCCUUUUUAUGUUCAUCCGUGAGGGUCCGCUCGUAUAUAGAAGAUAAAAGAGUGGAGAGCCAAUAGUGUAAAAUGCUUAAAACAAUAAAAAUGAGUAAAAAGGGAAAAAUAAAACUCACAUUUGAAAGAGCUAAACUUGCUCUAGUAUAGAAGGCGUACAGCGAUUUGAUCCCCGCUUAUGGGAUAUAGGGUGGACUUCCUCCGUCAGUGGUGUAUCCAACACUCGGGUAGAAAGAAACAGCCAAUAGUGUACACUGAGUAAAAUAUUGGUAAUAAAAUAGAAUGGGUACUCACAAGACGGGAGCAGAACAACUGCUCCUUGACGUAGCGCUGGUGGUAUAAUCCCCACCUAGGAUUUCUUGGAGUCCGGGAUGUUGAAAGGAUGCCAGGUAGUAAAUAAAUUAGAGUGUAUAAAAGGAUAAGUGGCACAGAUAAAAAGUAACCAAUAUAUAUAAAAUACACAAUGAAAAGUCCAUAAACGCGUUUCGCCAACAAUGGCGUUAUCAAUAUGGGGUAAGAACCUGAAACCUGGCAUGACAUUGUUUAUAUAACAACUGUAAUUCUAUAAAAUUGGCGCCAAAAGUGAGCAGCCAAUCAACAGAGAGUUAAAACAUAAAAUUGAUAAAACAAUAUAAAAAUAGAGAAAUCAAUACUUUUUUGCAAUAAUAUAUUCAUUAUGAAUGUUAUGGCAUUAAUAAAUAUAAAAAAACGAAGAGUGUAGCUAAGUAUUUAUAACUUAAUGUGCGCGGUCAUGUGACCGGCACCAUGCCGCUAAGGAGUAUGGGAGUGGUAAUAUAGACACCGGCGCGCACUGCGCAGCUGCCGGCGUGUAUGAAGAGAGUGGGAGGGAGGCAUCAGCUCGCACACUGAUUGCGGCUGACGUCAGUGGGAGGGGUGGGGUGACGGCGGCACGCACAAGAAUGCAGCUGUCGUCAGGGAGAAGCAGUAAACAUAGAAGACGGCGAGCACAAGGCUGCAGCCGUCGUCUAGGCAACAGGAGGAGCCUGUCGGCACGCUAAAGAGUGCGGCCGACCAGGCACUAAAAAAAAAAAAGAAAAAAGAAAAAGGAAAAUUAAAAAAGGGGCAUUAAUAAAAAACAACAGUAAAAAAACAACAAUAAAACAGAAAACAGAAAAAAUAUGUAAAAAUGAAAAAUAUUAUAAAAUAUAUUUUUAAUUUUUACAUAUUUUUUCUGUGUCUGUUGUUUUAAAAUAUAUGCAGCCAGUACACCUUCCCAUAUUUAUUUUACACUUCACAUCUCUGUUAUGUUUUAUGUUUUAUUGUUUUUUUUUACUGUUGUUUUUUUUUUUUAUUAAUGCCCCUUUUUUAUUUUCCUUUUUCUUUUCUUUUUUUUUUUUUAGUACCUGGUUGGCCGCACUCUUUAGUGUGCCGACAGGCUCCUCCUGUUGCCUAGACGACGGCUGCAGCCUUGUGCUCGCCGUCGUCUAUGUUUACUUCUUCUCCCUGACGACGGCCACAUUCCUGUGUGUGCCGCCGUCACCCCACCCCUCCCACUGACGUCAGCCGCAAUCAGUGUGUGAGCUGACGCCUCCCUCCCACUCUCUUUAUAGACGCCGGCAGCUGCGCAGUGCGCGCCGGCGUCUAUAUUACCACUCCCAUACUCCUUAGCGGCAUGGUGCCGGUCACAUGACCGUGCACAUUAAGUUAUAAAUACUUAGCUACACUCUUCGUUUUUUAUAUUUAUUAAUGCCAUAACAUUCAUAAUGAAUAUAUUAUUGCAAAAAAGUAUUGAUUUCUCUAUUUUUAUAUUGUUUUAUCAAUUUUAUGUUUUAACUCUCUGUUGAUUGGCUGCUCACUUUUGGCGCCAAUUUUAUAGAAUUACAGUUGUUAUAUAAACAAUGUCAUGCCAGGUUUCAGGUUCUUACCCCAUAUUGAUAACGCCAUUGUUGGCGAAACGCGUUUAUGGACUUUUAAUUGUGUAUUUUAUAUAUAUUAAAGUAUAUUUGGUUACUUUUUAUCUGUGCCACUUAUCCUUUUAUACACUCUAAUUUAUUUACUACCUGGCAUCCUUUCAACAUCCCGGACACCAAGAAAUCCUAGGUGGGGAUUAUACCACCAGCGCUACGUCAAGGAGCAGUUGUUCUGCUCCCGUCUUGUGAGUACCCAUUCUAUUUUAUUCAAUUUUAUUACCAAUAUUUUACUCAGUGUACACUAUUGGCUGUUUCUUUCUACCCGAGUGUUGGAUACACCACUGACGGAGGAAGUCCACCCUAUAUCCCAUAAGCGGGGAUCAAACCGCUGUACGCCUUCUAUACUAGAGCAAGUUUAGCUCUUUCAAAUGUGAGUUUUAUUUUUCCCUUUUUACUAAUUUUUAUUGUUUUAAGCAUUUUACACUAUUGGCUCUCCACUCUUUUAUCUUCUAUAUACGAGCGGACCCUCACGGAUGAACAUAAAAAGAACAAUUGUUCCGGAUCAAGCACGGAUAGAUUCCAUGACCUCAAAGAGCAUAUUCUAGAUAAGACUUUCUUAUUUUAUUACACUCAUUUAUUUGGAUUAUUUGCUAUUUUAUUUUGUAUUUUGUUCUCAUUGGCGCAGCCCUUAUCUUUUAUUUACCCAAGAAUGCACAUACUAUUUAAAGCACUAUGCAGGAUACCAGAGUCUAAUACGGAAUAUUUGCAUGUUUGCACCCUUAAAAUAUAAGUCCUUCCAAUUAUGUAUUUUCACAUAUUAGGUUAUUCAGCUGCCAGUCAUGGUUCACUACACUCAUGUUUCGGGGUACAGUUGUAUUCCGUAUCACACAUGAUAUAACACUCCCGACAAGUUAAUUUCCUUCAAACAGGGGCAUUACAAGCAUACAAUAAACAUUGGGGCGGAGCACUUUGCUCUUUUAAACUUGCAUAACACACAUAUGGGUAUACGCUUUUAAAUGUCUAUAUUCAAUUUUCAUACAUUGUUUUACCCGUCCGGGAUACAGGUGUUAAUAACCCUUACAACCAGUAAGGGUAUCUAAUCAUACUACCAGGUAUAUACACCUGCUCAUGUGGUAUAUACAUACAUUUUCUGUUUCCCCAUGGGUAUAUCCUUAGCGUACUGGCAAUUAGGGACAAUAGGUUUCCAAUAGGUAUUUUCCUUUCUUGGCAUCUACGCCUGUCGUAUAGUGGUCCCGCAAGGCCAACACCCCGCCUCAACGCUCGGAGGAAAACACCCAUCGGGCCACUAUUGAGCUAGUCGCCUCGCAUGGUAUACAGAGAGGGCCUCACCUGUCACUACCUUCCCCAUUUUUUAUGGUUACAGUCACCGAGAUGCCAACAUCCUGCCACUACGUUUGGUGGCCACAAAAAUCCCCUUUUGCCAUUGCAUAGAUAGAGUCUCUCAAGCCACUUGGCAACUAGCAGGGCCUCACCUGUCACCAAACAAAGGAUUAAUUGUUUCGCCAUGUGGCUUUAGCUAGCAAGCCAGUACUAGCACACUGUGGGUUCAUAUAAUAAUGGCUAUCUUCAUGUUUUUUAGUAUGUAUCAAGCAGGUGGUAGUGAUGUCGCGAACACGAAAUUUUCGGUUCGCGAACGGCGAACGCGAACUUCCGCAAAUGUUCGCGAACCGGCGAACCGGGCGAACCGCCAUAGACUUCAAUGGGCAGGCGAAUUUUAAAACACACAGGGACUCUUUCUGGCCACAAUAGUGAUGGAAAAGUUGUUUCAAGGGGACUAACACCUGGACUGUGGCAUGCGGGAGGGGGAUCCAUGGCAAAACUCCCAUGGAAAAUUACACAGUUGAUGCAGAGUCUGGUUUUAAUCCAUAAAGGGCAGAAAUCACCUAACAUUCCUAAAUCACAAUGAAUAUGGGUUGACACCUGACAUAUGACAUAUUGACACCUUGACAUAUGGAUUGACACCUGUCCUCAGAGCCCCUGAUGCACACGGACACACAGCAGAAUAGGGACUGGUCCCCCUACAUAGGGUCACUUGGCAGAUAUGGAUUGACACCUAUCCUAAGGAUCCCUGAUACACACUGACAAAGAGCAGAAUAGAGACUGUUCCCCCAACAUAGGGUCACUUGGCAGAUAUGGAUUGACACCUGUCCUCAAAGCCCCUGAUACACACUGACACAGAGCAGAAUAGAGACUGUUCCCUCUACAUAGGGUCACUUGGCAGAUAUGGAUUGACACGUGUCCUAAGGAUCCCUGAUACACUCUGACACAGAGCAGAAUAGAGACUUUUCUCCUACAUAGGGUCACUUGGCAGAUAUGGAUUGACACCUGUCCUCAGAGCCCCUGAUACACACUGACACAGAUCAGAAUAGGGAAUGUUACCCCAACAUCGGGUCACUUAGCAGAUAUGGAUUGACACCUGUCCUAAGGAUCCCUGAUACACACUGACACAGAGCAGAAUAGGGACUGUUCCUCCUACAUAGGGUCACUUGACAGAUAUGGAUUGACACCUGUCCUCAGAGACCAUGAUACACACUGACACAGAGCAGAAUAGAGACUGUUCCCCCUACAUAGGGUCACUUAGCAGAUAUGGAUUGACACCUGUCCUCAGAGCCCCUGAUACACACUGACACAGAGCAGAAUAGAGACUGUUCCUCCUACAUAGGGUCACUUGGCAGAUAUGGAUUGACACCUGUCCUCAGAGAUCAUGAUACACACUGACACAGAGCAGAAUAGAGACUGUUCCCCCUACAUAGGGUCACUUGGCAGAUAUGGAUUGACACCUGUCCUCAGAGCCCCUGAUACACACUGACACAGGCAGAAUAGAGACUGUUCCCCCUACAUAGGGUCACUUGGCAUAUAUGGAUUGACACCUGUCCUCAGAGCCCCUGAUACACACUGACACAGAGCAGAAUAGAUACUGUUCCUCCUACAUAGGGUCACUUGGCAGAUAUGGAUUGACACCUGUCCUCAGAGAUCAUGAUACACACUGACACAGAGUAGAAUAGAGACUGUUCCCCCUACAUAGGGUCACUUGGCAGAUAUGGAUUGACACUGUCCACAAGGACAAGCUGCAGGCUUCCUGGCAGGGCCCAUACAAGGUGGUAGAGCAGGUUUGUGAUACCACCUUUGUGAUCGGUGCGGUCACAGGCACGGGAGGCAAGCGCAUGCUCCAUGUGAACAUGCUCAAGCCAUACCACGAGCGCACGGAAGAGGUAACCGCGAUCUGUGCACCUGCCACUGAAGAUUAUGAUCAUUUGCCACUCCCAGAUCUCCUAGACCUAGAGGGCCAGAGCGGAGACCUGGGAGAAGUACAGUUAGGAGAACGGUUAGACCCCCAGGAGCGAACCCAGGUCCAAAGACUAAUCCAGGACAAGGGGGCCACGUUUUCCAACCUACCUGGGUACAGUCCGUUAACCACUCACAAAGUUGAAACCCUAGACCAGACCCCCUUCGCCAAACCGCCUAUCGCAUACCCGAAGCAGUUAAAGAAAAUAUUCAGAAAGAAAUUGAGGAAAUGAUGCAGUUAGGGGUGAUAGAACACUCUGACAGCCCCUGGGCCUCCCCGGUAGUACUAGUACUGAAACAGGACAGCAUGACCCGUUUCUGUGUAGACUACCGGAGGCUAAACGAUAAAACAACCUCAGACGCCUCGUCUAUGCCCCGGAUAGACGAGCUCCUAGACAAAAUGGCCAGAGGCCAGUACCUCACCACAAUAGAUCUGUGCAAGGGGUACUGGCAAAUUCCAUUAGCCGAGGACGCCAUCCACAAGUCGGCAUUUGUCACCUCGUUUGGCCUGUAUCAGUUUAAGGCCAUGCCAUUCGGGAUGAAGAAUGCCCCGGCUAACUUUCAGAGGAUGGUAGAUCAGCUACUGGAUGGUUUUUAGGAGUAUGCCUGCGCCUACUUGGAUGGUAUAGCCAUUUUUAGCUGCUCCUGGCCCUAACACCUGACCCACAUAGGAGCCGUACUAGACCGGAUUAGGGAGGCCGGACUGACCCUAAAGCCCAGUAAGUGCCAUAUUGGAACGCGUAAAAACCUCCCAAGAUAGUAGUAUGGGCCCCAGAGUGUGAACAGGCCUUCCAACAGCUCAAGACGGCGCUCAUUAAAUCAUCUGUACUUUCUGCUCCUGAUCCAACUAAACGCUUUCUCGUCCAUACAGACGCUUCUAUGUUUGGAUUGGGAGCAGUACUGAACCAAGUCGGAGCAGAUGGCGGCGAGCAACCCGGGGCUUAUCUAAGCCGGAAACUUUUGCCCAGGGAAGUAGAUACACUGCCAUUGAAAAGGAGUGCCUGGCGGUGGUGUGGGCCCUCAAAAAGCUGCAACCUUACUUGUAUGGACAACCGUUUACCUUACUCACAGAUCACAACAAAUUUGGGCACUGCGCGUGCAAUCUAAUGUGCCACCAGAUAGGAGUGGUGUGUUUAGUACUAUUGUUAUCAGUUUAAUCACUGUUACGCCCCCUAUCCGUUGAUGUGGAGCAAGGCGCAGCAGCAGAAGAGGACUAAGCCGAGGAGGUUAUGGAAGAGGAUGGAGUAGGAGGAGUAGAGGAGGUGGCAGCGUACUGGCAGAGUACACGCUGUAGGGCUGACACACCCGCUUUGAGACAACUCACUGCUAUUCAAUCUAUAACAGUGAAAAAAGUUUUUUGUUUUUAAAUGCAAGCUAUUGUGACACCAGUGAGUGAGUGGUGGCACUGGGCACAGUAUCCACUGUGAGCCUGACACACCUGCUUUGAGACAACUAACUGCUAUUCAAUCUAUAACAGUGAAAAAAGAUUUUUGGUUUUUAAAUGCACGCUAUUGUGACACCAGAUAGUGAGUGGCACUGUAAACUGGCAGAGUACACGCUGUAGGGCUGACACACCCGCUUUGAGACAACUCACUGCUAUUCAAUCUAUAACAGUGAAAAAAGUUUUUUGUUUUUAAAUGCAAGCUAUUGUGACACCAGUGAGUGAGUGGUGGCACUGGGCACAGUAUCCACUGUGAGCCUGACACACCCGCUUUAAGGACACUGACUGCUAUUCAAUCUAUAACAGUGAAAAAAGUUUUUUGUUUUUAAAUGCAAGCUAUUGUGACACCAGAUGUGAGUGGUGGCACUGACUGGGGAAAUGGGCACAGUAUCCACUGUGAGCCUGACACAGAACUGGCAGCAGUGGCAGACAACUGACUGCUAUUCAAUCUAUAACAGUGAAAAAAGUUUUUUGUUUUUAAAUCAAAGCUAUUGUGACACCAGAUGAGUGAGUGGUGGCACUGGCACAGUAUCCACUGUGAGCCUGACACACCAGCUUUAAGGACACUGACUGCUAUUCAAUCUAUAACAGUGAAAAAAGUUUUUUGUUCUUAAAUGCAAGCUAUUGUGACACCAGAUAUGAGUGGUGGCACUGACUGGGCAAAUGGGCACAGUAUCCACUGUGAGCCUGACACAGAAGCUGGCAGGCAGGCAACUGCAAUUACAUUACACAGAAAAAAAAAAGCAGACUGAUGUUCUAGCCCUAAAAAGGGCUUUUUGGGGUGCUGUCCUUACAGCAGAGAUCAGAUGAGUCCUUCAGGACUGUAGUGGACACUGUAUACCCUAACCUAGCUAUGCAUUUCCCUAUCUAAUCAACAGCAGCUACACUUUCCCUCCUCUCACUAAGCAUGCAGCUUGAGAAUGAAUCUAAAAUGGAUGCUGUCCAGUAGGUGGGAGGGUCUGCUAGGGAGGGUGUGCUGCUAAUUGGCUGGAAUGUGUCUGCUGACUGUGAGGUACAGGGUCAAAGUUUACUCAAUGAUGGCGAAUAGGGGGCGGAUCGAACCGCGCAUGUGUUCGCCGUCCGCGGCGGACGCGAACACGCUAUGUUCGCCAGGAACUGUUCGCCGGCGAACCGUUCGGUGCAUCACUAGCAGGUGGUAAGGAUUUCUCUCUACCUGUACGUAGAGAACUACCAGAGACAAAUUGGGUCGUCUCAUUCUCUUUGGCAAAUCCCAGAUUUGCAACAAUUUCCAUGUUGGCACAUGUAGUUUAAGUGCAUGCAGACUGUUGCAGAUAUGUUCUCAAUAUGUCAGGGCACAUGCAAAAACCAUGUGUCCCAGUAAAUGUACCCUGAGCCUUUCUUCACAUCUGUAAACAUUAUGCAUUUCCAGUACUUUCUAACUCCUCACCCUUCCAGACAUUUAGUUUAUUUCCUAAUCUCUGAUUUUAAAGGCCUUGCCAUAUACUUUUGGGGGAAUCCAAAAUGCCCUAACUUGCAGUCAUCGCAGCAGCAUCCAACAGCUGGCAUUACACUCAUGGCCCAAGAAAUGGCAGAAAGAUUUCUACAUGGGCCUCUCCGAUCUACACCAUUUACAGUGUGGCGCAAUCCCAUUGGGAUUGUCACAGGGAAUCUUCCCUCACACUGUAACUGAUCAUAGACUUAUCUGCACCUCAUGCCUCGGCUACCCCAUAGUCUCAACUCCCUCAUACCCUCCGAGGAGUUUUCAUUACAGUAUGCCACCAUUGUUCAUACCAUUACAACUAUCACUCAAGCAGGGGGGGGGGAGCCUGGUUAAGUAAAACUGAUAUCACAAACGCAUUUCAGACUGCCACCAUCCACCCUGCACUGGCACUUACAGGGCAUUUAUGGGCAGCAGUUAUAUAUUUCUUCUCCCGCUUAACUUUUGGGUCAAGAGCAGUCCACAAUCUUCAAUAUAUUCGUUGAACUCUUUACUGGUUGUGGUUAAACGUAUCCAGAUGCCCCACAGUCAUACACUCCCGAGAUGAUUUCUUGUUGGUCAAAGGGAAUGCCUUUCCCUCUAGAAGCUUCAAGGAUGUCUAGUAUGUCUGAACACUUGGGUGUUCCAGUAUUCCCUAAGGUCACAGAAGACCCAGACACUAUCGUUACAUUCCUGGGCAUACAACUUGACUCGGCAUCCAUGCCAACAAGUUACCACGUGAGAAAUAGGAACAGUCACAACAACACCAAUUACCACCUCCUGCUUGGUACUUGCAACCACACGGAACUACAAUCCCUACCAGGUUCCUUAAAUGUUGCCAUGCGCAUCAUACCGCAGGCCGCGCUUUCAUGUCAGACCACUUUGCUUUUUCCUCCCUCCCGAAUGAUGAUCAGGGGCUGUCCCUAGACAACCAAGCCAUGGCAGACCUACCCAUAUGGUGGACUUUCUUAACCACACGUAAUGGUAAACUAUUGUGGCAGCUGCCGUGACAGCCGCCAUGGCAGGGGGGUCAUUUAUGGUCAAGGUCAUGGAUUACAUGAACCUCGUCAACAUAGCCGGGCUCUGACUAAACUGGCCUUGUCCACCAGCACUCAACACGCUUGCUACAGGGUUUACCACUUAUACAAUAUGUUUCAUGUCGGACCAUCACUUAGCUGGUUUGAGGUUUCACCACGUAUGGCCUUCGUCUCUUUUUGCCACCUUAAGUUAAUAAUUCUCGCACAACACGGUUAAACUUUAUCUCACAGGCAUUCAACACUAUACGUAUUUCUCCUUCCCAAACAACAAGGGUUCCUAUCCUCCUACCCCAUCCAUACCUUAGAGACAUAGCCAAGCGGACGUGCCCGCUAAAACUAAAUACUGGCCAUAGACAUACAAUGUUCAAACCAUGUCAGAACCACUCGAACCACGCACCAAUGCAGUUAUCAAAACUGCUACCUAUCUAGCCUUUAACGGCUUUCUCAGGCCAAAACAAUAACUCGCUAUCAGCGGCCAACAUCAUAAACAAGAGUGCCUGUUCACCUCUUAUCUUCUAAAACACACAGACCACUAUGUCUGGUCCCUUCCUAAAACUAAGAUGAGUCAGAUGGGUGAACCAGUGCAUAUAACCUACUACCUUACAAGCAAUGCGGGAUGCCCGGUUAAGGUACUGAUUACGUUCUUGGGCAUGCCACCAUAUGCACCGCUGAACCAUUACUGUCGCUGUAUGAUACUGUCCUUACCACAGGUAAGUUCAUGCACUAUGUCCACCUACUCAUUCACCGGGCUCGAACUAAACCCUAGCGACUACUCAAGGCACUCCUUUAGGAUAGGAGCAGCUUACACAGCCUAUAGCCAAGACAUCCCCGCACACGUUAAGACACGGGGCCGCUGGGAAUCAUAGGCUUAUCCGACUUACAUACCACAGCCGAUUCAGGAAUUCGGAAGCUUUCAUUAAAAUGUAUAACUGAUGGUUAACAAAUGCACUAUGAUCCUGUACAAUGUUUUGCAUUAAUAUGUCUCUUUUUUCCCACUUUUUACCGGCCUACAGCCUACGUCGGUUUCGGCACACCUCAACCGAUUAUUCCUAAAGCUACAUCUCUACAACCCAUCUUAUUCUAUAUCAUAUGAGAAUGCCCCGAACACACAUAUAUAUAUAUAUAUAUAUAUAUAUAUAUAUUUUUUUUUUUUUUAAUUAAGUGUUCCUUCAAGAGUUUGUAGAAACAAAAUUCUGGUGGUUACGGUUAGUGCUGUGCCCAUUGCUAGCCACGGCUAUUUAACACCAACUUGAAAUCAUUGAUUUACAGUUUGACAGUUUGCUAAGUGUUUAUAGAAAGAAAUUACAUGUUUGAGGAGAAAUGUUCUUCAGUGAAAAGCAAAAAGAAACUAAACAAAUUCAUCUUGCGUAGCUACUGCUACAGUGGCACUAGCACAACAUUUGAGUGGGAGCCUGUUUCAUUCAUUCUAGUUACAUAUUUACACAUGUCUUUUUGCUGUUGAUUGAAAUAGAGGCAAAAAAAAAAAGUCUCAAGCUGUUUCCAAUUAUGCAACAAACUAGGAAAAAGAAUCCUUCUUAACCCGAGAAGGACAGUCAGAUCCCUUCUUGGAUCAAUAAGCUGCUAUCCCACAUAUUAAAAAUGAUAUCCCUGAUUAUUAUGUUUUUAAAAAAUAUUUAUCCAGUUGUUGUUUAAACAUCUGUACAGACUGGUAAAACGACAUCCUUUAGACAGAGAAUACCACAUCCUUAUUGUUCUUACCAGAAAAAAAAAAAAUCAACAAAAAACUUUCCUUUGCCUUAGACUAAAUCUUCUUUCUUCCAGUCUAAAUGGGUGACUAGUGUUAGACUGGUGACUAUAGUUAGUGCUGUGCCUACUACUAGCCACCUAAUACCUAAUUAAGAAAAUCCUUUUCAUUUUUUUUUCUGUUCAGUGAAUGAUGUACAAGUGUGCAAGUGCUGCAUGUUGUGUGUAGUGUAGUGUUUCUCAGGUGUUCUUCAAACACAGUAAAGUUACCGUAAUUAAUCCACCAAUCAAUUUUUCUACACAAACAUCUAUUUUUGCUGAAUACUGAAUUUUCAGCUUUUUAGACCUCUCACCAGCCUCUAAUUCAGGAUUGAUCUCAAUCCAACACCAGGAUGGGGAUAUGGAUGCAAAAAACUUUAUUGCAUGAAUUUACAAAUAAGAAGAGCAACAGACAAUAUUAGACUUGUUCACGAUGAGAAAAUCUGUUUAAUCCAAACCAUUUCUACCUGCUUCACUGAAUUACUGCAACAAAAAACAAUGCGGAAAGCUAAAUCAGAUGUUACAAAAUAGGCCAGUGUGCUGCAAAAUAUAUACCUAUAUUUUUUAAAAUAUAUAAUUAUAUAUUUUUUUUACUGCCCCUUUUUCCCCUCUAUUGCUUAUUUCUUACAUCAUCUGGGAAUAAAAAUCAACAUUUAGUGAGUGUCCUCUAGCCAUAAGUCAUCUUUUAUUUUUAUUUUUUUAAAUCAAUCUUCUCUCUUUUCAUGCCACAAGUGGAAUUCAGAAUCAAAUUGAACAUGCUCUGCCAUUGUAUGUCAUUUGGAUAGUGAUUUGGCUACAGUUUGGCUUUUCAAACAAACACCCAAUUAGUCCAAACUCAGAAGAAUUUCAGUUUGUAAAGAAACAAAUCUAGAAUAUAUUUAUGCCUGGUCAAAGAUAGUAUUACAUCCUGACUGCAUACAUACUUCAUGAGACAAGCAAAGCAUUCAUAAAUCCACCCACGUCUAACAUCUAUAUUCUGUGAAAUAAUUAUCUGCUCAAUUAUGUUAAGUUAAAUCAGGCAAUGCUGCUCAGUAUAAAUCAUUUAACAUCACUUGCAUUUCAAAUAGCAGCUCAUUCUGGUCUGAGGAUGAGGAGUAAGGGCUAUGCACAUAUAACAGUAGAAUAUUUGACAGAUUUUAUUGUUGAAUAUGAUGAGCUUUGUAGAGUACAGUAUCAGAUUGCAAAAACAAUUGGCUAAAAUAUCACAUUUCAAAGACAUUUCUUGCAACAUAUAUUAAAAGAACACUGCUACACCUAUGGAUGCUGCCCCCUGACUUCCAUCUAUCAUCCACCAUCCAGUAGGAGGAAUGUUUGCGAGGCAACUGGUAAUUGGAUGAAAAUGUGGAAUAUGAGGCUCUCACCCUGUCACUUGCUGCCCAUUGACUGAAAUAAUACUGUUUCUCCCAAUAGACAGGCAAGUAUAGACUGAGAGUGCCAGCUGAUACAUAUCAGACAUAGGGAAGCCCAAAAGGUUGUACAGAUAGCCAUGGUAUUCAAUAAAUUAAUGUUAGACUGUGAGGAGGUGCUUAAAGUGAUUUGCAGCUAACAGAGGUGCAGACCACACUCUCCCCCACUGGAUCACCAGAGAUCCUUUUCAAAAUGCCCUUCACUAAAACACAUAUCAUAUCUAAAAUUUAACAAAACACACACACACACAGCUUAGCCCCCAACACGAUAUUCCGCCUAGUCCUCACACAAAAACUCAGUCACCACAUACAUAAAAAACUCAGCCACCACACACAAAAUUCAGACAGCACAAACACAACCACCACACACUCAGCAACUACACAUGCACACCCUUAUUUACCACACACGUAAGAUUCAGCUAACACACACAAAACAUUCAUCCGCCUUCACUGACAUAACAGACAAUUGGGUCGGGUCUCUAGGCAAUCGAGCAUCUGCCAUCCGGCCCUUGGCAAUUUUAAUCUGAUCUAAAAGGCAGGGGUGUGAUAAUACAAACUAUUGGGUCAGGUUACAUAUUUUACCAUAUGUUACAAUAGAUGAAAAGUAGUUCUACGUAGGUAUUGCAUUGAAGCAAAUAUUAGUCUAAUUAACUAGUGCAUGCAUUUAAGUUUUUAUAUAUAUAUAUAUAUAUAUAUAUAUAUUCCUUAUUAUUAAUUUCUGUUAUUGCAUUUCACACAGCAAGAUGUAAAAUACCAGCACAACGAAGUCGAGUAGUUUAUAAGGGUAGUAAACGUUGGGUCCAUGAAAUACCAGGCACUGUGCAUCACUUGGAAGCGGUCACCUUUUUCUGCCUUAACCAGACUUGCAGUUAUCCCGCUACAUCCCAAUGCUUUGAUGGCAUACUCUCACUUCCAAGCUGCUAUGAAGGUAAAUUUACAUUUUGUUAGCAGAAUUCAUCCCCUGUCAAUUGGAAAAGGGGGAGGGGGGGUUAACAUUGCAAAGGUUGUAAAGGAGUUUAGAUUGGAGCAUAUUUUUAAUUUGGCUUUUCCAGUUUAAAUGAGGAAGGGAUAAUCAACUGAGUAGUCUGAGAUGUAUUGAAAUUUUUACAUAACACCAUUAUUACACAUAAUGACAGAACAGAAACAGUCACAAAUAUACAAACUGACAUUGGACAUACAUAGAAACACUGGAGGAGAUUUAUCACGGUUUUGUGUGGUGUAAAUUGUAAAAUUUGAGUAAUCAUCAAUAGAAUGCAGUUUUUACUCGGUUCCAUAGUGAUUUUAUUCCAUUUUUAGUACAAAAGACUUGUAUAUAUCUCCCUCAGUGACAGACACAUGUGCACAUACUGAAUCACCAACAUAAACGCAUACAUUUUGACAUUGCAAAAACAUAGAAGACCAUCAUAUACACACAAGAGAAAAUCUGUCAUACAAACAUAUUUGCAUUAUAUACUGGGCGUUCUCACUUCUAAGUUUCACACAGGGUGCCUGGAGGCUAAGUGCCUAGACUAUGUAUCUAGAGUCAGUAGCAUAUUAUGGAAUUAAAUAUAUUUUAUUAUAUCAUACAGGUCUACUUUAGAAUGAUGGCAUCUAUAUAAAGCGAUGUAUAACCGGAUGGUGGUUUGGCCAUUAAAAGGGACACUAUAGUCACCAAAACAACUUUAGCUUAAUGAAGCAGUUUUGGUGUAUAAAACAUGCCCCUGAAGCCUCACUCCUCAAUUAUCUGCCAUUUAGGAGUUAAAUCACUUCGUUUAUGAACCCUAGUCACACCUCCCUGCAUGUGACUUGUACAACCUUCCUAAACACUUCCUGUACAGAGUCAUCUAAAGUUUAUCCUUUCUUUAUUGCAAGUUCUGUUUAAUUUAGAUUUUCUUAUCCCCUGCUAUACUAAUGCUUGCUAGACCCUGCAAGAGCCUCCUGUAUGUGAUUAAAGUUCAAUUUACAGAGCAAGAGAUAAAACUGUUUUAGGUAAAUUACAUCUGAUUGAAAGUGAAACCAGUUUUUUUUUUUUCAUGUAGGCUGCGUCAGUCAUAGCCAGGGGAGGUGUGGCAAUGGCUGCAUAAGCAGAAACAAAGGGUUUUAACUCCUGAAUGGCAGAGAAUUGAGCAGUGAAACCUGAGAGGCAUGACCUAUACCAGGGGUAGGCAACCUUUUGGUAGUGGUGUGCCGAAGUAAAACUUUGACGUCCUUUGGUGUGCCGGCAAUAUAGUCAGAGGAAUGCAUGGUUAAGAAAGUUAAAUGUUUUAUUAAUGAUAACAACAAAUAAAGAAGGUCAGUUUUAAGACAACUAAUCGUAUUGAUUUAUCUUUUUCUUUUUAAUGUAAUUUCUAAUUACAUUUAAACUUGUUGAGAAUAUUUUAAAAACGUAAUAACAAAGAACAUGCCAGGGCACUACCUGGUGUUUGGCUCAGCACAGGCUGCUCAAGGCGGGAGAUCGGUUGCCUCUCCCUUCCCUGGUGCUCACCAGGCAGCAAUAUGCUCGAAGCCCUCUCCAGGACCGUGUCAGCCACAAUCACCGCUUGUCGCCAGUAGGAGGGGCUACUGCAAUAUCGAUUUAGAAUGUGGCAGGGCCCAGCAGGGUCCCCAAAAACAACAACCAUAACCAUUUCUAUGUAUCUAAGUGGAGUCCGUGGGUGCCAGGAUCCUUGUCACUACUUAAUGGUUUUCUCACCAUUUAGCAAAGCAGGUUGGUCCCCAGGAACCCGGCCUCCAAUGAUGAUGCAGAGAAGACAGAACUAUGCUUCCAUCUCAUGCCAUACCAGAGAUUAGGACAGUGAUUGAGCGUGCUCAGUUUACACGCUCAGCCUCUCACUGACGCUAACUAUGUUAUGGUGUGAACCUGCAUAGAAAUUUACAGCAUUUAAGUUUAUCACAGGUCUCAAACUAUGUACGGAGUGUAUUUAAUGUAUCCAGUGGUGUAUUUUGGAUUUGUGCUGCCCUAAGCAUGAGGAACUCAGGAACCCCCUAAUUUAAAUUUGCCCCACACCUUCCUGCCAAGGUGACACCUCUUCCUGUUAAAGACUAACACGCAUUUUGACUGACAGACACACACUGACACACCCACUCACGGACAAGCACACACUCUCAGAUACACUGACAUACACACACUCACUAAUUUGACACAAUCUGACACACACAAUCACUCACACACACUGAGAGACACGCACAUGCACUGACAGGCACGCACAUGCACUGACAGGCACGCACACGCACUGACACACAAGCACACUCACUCAGACACACCCACAUUCCCUGACAGACACACACUCACUGACAGACACUCACAGACACACUCACUCACAGACACCCACAAACCCACAUUUACUGACCGACAGACACACACAUUCACAGAUACACACAAAAACAUUUACUGACAGUAAGGAACAACCGAGGCUGUCACUCCCAUGGAAGAACCACUAGGAACACUGCCUGAGGUGAACCCCAUCCAGGCCCCCUCAGAUAACCGGCAAGGGCACCGCCAGGAGGUACAUAUGGAGGGGAAAAAGGUACAAGGACUUUGUGACUCUGGGGCUACCUUAACACUAGUCCGAAGUCAUUUGGUACCUAAACCCAAUCUAACUGGAGACUGCGUUGCUGUACAGGUAGCAGGGGGAGCGAUUUACAAAGUACCUACGGCCAAGGUGCACUUGAAUUGGGGAGCGGGGCACGGGAAUGUGUAUGUGGGGAUGAUGCAGGACUUGCCAGCUGAUGUUAUUUUGGGCAACGACCUGGGGGAGCUGACUUCAACAUUUGUUCCUCAGUCCACCAUACAGGAAGCCUACCCGGUUGUGACCCGGCAACAGGCCCGCACCACAGCAACGCCUAACCACUCUGAGGCUCAGGUAAGCAAUGACCCCCCCAUGCCCACUGUCAUGCCAUGGGCGAGCCCCCUAGAGUUUGGAUCUUAAGUGGCCCUAGACCCCUCUCUGCAGGUAUACAAAAACAGUAUAGAUAAAGAUCAGGCAGGAUUAGAAGGGGAAAGGUAUAUCUGGAACAAAGGACUACUGUAUCAUCAUGCAGAAAAAGUAGUGUCCGGAUCCAUACCUUUACUCAUCAAACAAUUAAUAGUGCCUCGAAAGUAAAGGUUAGAACUAUUACUUAUCGCCCAUGAUAUUCCCCUGUCUGGGCACUUAGGAAUCAGCCAUACUAAACACAGGCUGACCCAGAACUUCUUUUGGCCAGGUAUUUCACAGGACGUUAAACGAUAUUGCCAGACCUGUGAUACCUGCCAAAGAGUAGGGAAGAGGGGAGACCGUCUCCGGUCUCUGCCCAUAAUUGAGGAACCCUUCAGUAGGGUGGCAGUAGAUAUUAUAGGACUCCUAGCCAAGCCCAGCCCUUCCGGCAAGAAAUAUGUCUUGACCGUGGUGGAUUAUGCCACCAGAUACCCUGAGGCAGUAGCCCUGACAAACGUACAUGCAGAAACAGUAGCAGAGGCCCUGAUGCGAAUAUUCUCCCGGGUAGGAUUUCCCCGGGAGAUUAUUUCGGAUAGGGGCACUCAGUUUACCGCUGAAGUAACACAUCAGCUCUGGAAAUCAGCUCAACAAAUCUUGAACUCCGCUUAUCACCCCCAGUCCAAUGGGCUCUGUGAACGGUUUAACGGAACACUUAAACAGAUGAUCCGUACGUUCAUAGACACGCAGAAGGACUGGGAAAGGUUUCUACCCCACUUGUUAUUUGCUUAUAGGGAAGUACCCCAAGAAUCCAACGGGUUCUCUCCAUUCGAAUUGUUAUUCGGGUGGAGAGUGAGGGGCCCCCUCGAUUUAAUCCGGGAACACUGGGAGGGAGAAGGGACUAAUUAACGGCACCCCCAUCGUACCCUAUGUGCUAGAAUUCAGGGAACGUCUGGAGAUGCUGACCCAGACCGUACGAGACAAUCUCCAGGUAGCCCAGCAAUGACAGCGCAGAUGGUACGAUAAGGGAGCCAGGGACCACAGCUUUCAGGUGGGGCAAAAAGUACUUAUCUUGCGACCAGUCCACAAAGAUAAGCUGCAGGCUUACAAGGUGGUAGAACAGAUCUGUGAUACCACCUAUGUGAUUGGCCCGGUCACAGGCGCGGGAGGCAAACGCAUGCUCCAUGUGAACAUGCUCAAGCCAUACCACAAGCGCACCGAAGAGGUAACCGCGAUCUGUGCCCCUGCCACCGAGGACUUUGAUAAUUUGCCACUCCCAGAUCUCCUAGACCAAGAGGGCCAGAGCGGAGACCUGGGAGAAGUACAGUUAGGAGAGCGGUUAAACCCCCAGGAGUGAACCCAAGUGCAAAGGCUAAUACAGGAAAAGGGAGCCACAUUUUCCAAUCUACCCGGCUAUGCCCCGUUAGCCACGCACAAGGUAGAAACCCUAGAUAAGCCUCCUCUUCGCCAAACUCCUUACCGCAUACCAGAAGCCGUCAAAGAAAGUAUGCAGAAGGAGAUUGAGGAAAUGCUACAGUUAGGGGUGAUAGAACACUCUGACAGCCCCUGGGCCUCCCCCGUAGUACUAGUACCGAAACGGGACGGGACGACCCGUUUCUGUGUAGACUACCGGAGGCUCAACGAUAAGACGACCUCGGAUGCCUACCCUAUGCCCCGGAUAGACAAGCUCCUAGACAAAAGCCAGAACCUGCUAAAAUAGAGGCAGUCGCCCAGUGGCCAACCCCUCGCACCAAAACACAAGUACUCGCCUUUCUAGGGACCGCAGGGUACUACAGGAAAUUUGUGGCCGACUACAGCACCCUAGCCAAACCCCUCACUGAUUUAACUCGUAAGAACCUCCCCAAGAUAGUAGUCUGGGCCCCAGAGUGUGAACUGUGCAUUUCAGCAGCUCAAGACGGCACUUGUUAACUCACCUGUACUUUCUGCUCCUGAUCCAACUAAACGUUUUGUUGUCCAUACAGACGCUUCUAUGUUUGGAUUGGGAGCAGUACUGAGCCAAGUCAGAGCAGAUGGCGGCAAACACCCAGUAGCUUACCUAAGGCGAAAACUUUUACCCAGGUGAGUCAGUCACGCCGCCAUCGAAAAGGAGUGCCUGGCUGUGGUGUGGGCCCUCAAAAAACUGCAGCCCUAUUUAUAUGGACAACCGUUUACAUUACUCACGGAUCACAACCCGUUGGUGUGGCUGAACAGGGUGUCAGGUGACAAUGCCAGGCUGCUGCUUUUGACUUUACCAACCAUUACCGCCCUGGGAAGCAAAAUGGCAACGUCGACGGGUUAUCCCGACAAACAGACCUGGAACCGUGAUUCGUGAGUGCUCCUCCGGACAUCCCCAAGCUGAUCUGUUGGGAUCAGACUGUGUAUGCCGGCUUGGUUUUGGGGGAGCAUUGUGGCAAAACUAGCUACUUAAGACUAUCACUAUAGGAAUAUGUUUAUAUCCCUUUGUUAAGCUGUGAGAACCAAGCAUAUUGCUGUAUUUUCAUUUCAGGCGAAUGAGAGCAUUCAUAUGCUGGUGGCAUGAAAACCCCAGCAUUCCUACUGUAGUUUCACGAACAGUGAGUUUCAGCACUGUUCGUGAAACGAAUAAACUACCGAAUGGACGACCACACACAGGAGGUCGUGUGGCGCCCAUUAACCAAUUGCAACAUUGUUGCAAUCGGUAGUUAAGUGUGUUCCUAGGCGGCCGUCGUUCGGCUACCGACCACGUGGUGGUCGGCCAUCUUGGAUCCUUUGUUAGCCCAGCUGUGUUUGGUCGUCGAGCGCCUGGAACUAAAAUCGGCUACUCGACGGUGCGAACACUGCUGGACUUCCAGGCCAUUCGGGAGCCCAGGUCAUUCGGUAGGUUAUUCCCUUACAAUCAAUCGGUGUUUUAAAGGUAACUAGGAAAUAAUGUGUGCUUCGCGCGGCGUUCAGUUAGUUAUGCUGGGAUCUGAGCGGUAUUCUCACGAACUGUGCACUCAGACCCCAGCUAUCUAUCGAACGUCCAUUCGUUUAAAUGAAGGGAAUAUUAUGGAAGUUAUGUAUUUUAAUGUAAAAUGUAAGUUCUGCUGCACGGAGGGAUAAUCCACUUAGCUGUAUAUUCUAGUGGGAGUAUCCCUCUCGUGCAGCAGUGCAUAAUGGGAGAAAUGUAUGUGUUCUUCAGUUCCCCAUGUAGUCCCCUACUGUACCACCCCUGGAAUGUCAGUAGGGAAACCCCUUGCAUGGGGAAUCCCAUAAAUACAGUGCCCUGUGAAUAAAACCUCAGUUGACUCCCAGCCUAUGUGUCGUCUAGUUCUUGGGAGGGAAGGAUUCUUACAACGGUACCAGGAUUAUUGUAUGCUGUAUUUACUUCCUUGGAUUAUUUUAUGCUAUUCCUGUUACCCCAUGUAGUCCCCUACUGUACCACCCCUGGAAUGUCAGUAGGGAAACCCCUUGCAUGGGGAAUCCCAUAAAUACAGUGCCCUGUGAAUAAAACCUCAGUUGACUCCCAGCCUAUGUGUCAUCUAGUUCUUGGGAGGGAAGGAUUCUUACAACGCUACCGGGAUUAUUGUAUGCUGUAUUUAUUUCCUUGGAUUAUUUUAUGCUAUUCCUGUUACCCAGUGGAGAUACUGUGGAUUAUACUACCUCUCCGCUACAAAGGCAAUCUGAUUUUGUGAGACAAGUCAGCAGCAGAAGUGACCCCUAUGAUUACUACUGUUUCUGAUUGGCUUACAUAAACAAAAAGCCCCACACAGAUUUGCUUGGUGUGACCUCUAAGUAACUCAUGCAGGCAGAGGAUGCUGCUAACAGAGUGGGAGGGCUGGAGGCAGGGCUGAAGCCUGGACAGGAGGCGGAGCUAAAGGCCAGGCAGUAGAUGGAGGUGCUUAAGGUUAGGUACGAGGCGGGGCUGAGGAUGCUGUUGACAGAGUGCGAGGACUGGAGGCAGUGCACACAGUGGCGGACGUCAUUGGAGCCGUGGUAAGAACAGCCUAAUAGUCGUUACUCCAGAUCACAAGAUGCUGGAAGUUCCGCCGCCGCGCAAGUUCCUCUGUGCUUUCCAUCAGUGAAGAUCGGUCGGCAGCCUCGCGUGCCACUCGCGGUACGCGUGCCAGAGGUUGCCGACCCCUUACCUAUACACUAAAACUGCUUUAUUAAGCUAACGUUGUUUAGGUGACUAUAGUGUUCCUUUAAUCAUGUGCUAUUGAAACAGUCAUCUUUUAAUAAUCCAAUUGCUGAGGACUGCAUUCCACGAAAGAUGCUCAGCAAAUUGUUUGACUCAUAAUUACAGAACGUUUUGAACUACAUCUAGUGUGACCACUAUCUUUCACUAUACUAAAUUAAACUAUGGCCUUUAUUUAACCCCUUAAGACCUCAGGGCGCUCUAUGCCAUCCUUAAGGAAGCGGCUCUAAACGCGGCAUAGAAUGCCCUGCGAUCUUGUGUACUUACCCGGUCGCCGUAUGGGGACUCACCUGGGAGUCCAGGGAGUCCCCCUCCUUCCUCUUCGGCCCCUCUGGGCCAUGUGAUCGCGAGGUCCUUGCGAGGACCUCGCGAUCACAUGGACGGCAUAGCCAGCAGGGGGAGUGCCUGUAAUGACAGGUACUCCCCCUGCUGUCUGAAAAAAAAAAUUAAAACAGUGUAAAAUUAAAUAAAAUAUACUUAGAUCAUAGAUCUAAGUAUAUAUAUAUAUAUAUAUAUAUACACACACAUAAAUACACAUACACUGUCUAAGUGUAUUUUAAUAUUAAUAUAUAUAUAUAAUUAGAUAUAUAUUCAUAUCAAAGUACACAUACAAUGAUAUUGGCUAAAUAUAUAUAUAUAUAUAUAUAUAUAUAUAUAUAUAAUUAUCAUUAUAUAUAUAUUUAUAUAUAAUAAAAAAAAUGUAAACACGUUAAAAAUUUUUUUAAAAAUAAAUAAAAAAUAUAUACUUGUGUAAUUUCGUUCUAACUGUAUUGUAAAAUUAAUAUAUAUAUAUAUUGAUAUCAAAAUACAUGUAGAACGAAAUAAUAUAUUUAUCUAUAUAAAUAAGUAUAUACGUAUAUAUCACUAUAUAUACCUAUAUAAAAAUAAAAAUAAUUAAAAAAAAUUAUAUACAUAUAUAUAUAUAUAUAUAUAUAUAUAUAUAUAUAUAUAUAUUAAUUCUAUGUAUAUAUUUAUGUAAUAAUUUUACAUAAAUAGGUCAUUUUAUUAAUUACAAUUUGCAGGACCUGCCUGACAACCCAGAUCGAAAGUUCAGGGAAUUUAAUUUGCUAUCACUAUAUUUAGCCCUGUAACUUUCCAAGACACCAUAAAACCUGUACAUGGGGAGGUACUGUUUUACUCGGAAGACUUCGCUGAACACAAAUAUUAGUGUUUCAAAACAGUAAAAUGCAUUACAACGACGACAUCGUCAGUGGAAGUGAAAUUUUUUGCAUUUUUCACACACAAAUGGCACUUACACUGACGAUAUAAUUGUUGUGAUACGUUUUACGGUUUUGAAACACUAAUAUUUGUGUUCAGCAAAGUCUCCUGAGUAUAACAGUACCCCUCAUGUACGGGUUUUAUAUGGUGUUUUCAAAAGUUACAGAGUCAAAUAUAAGGCUUGCGUUUCAAUUUUUUUUUAAUAGUAGACAACCCAAGGUAUUGCAAAUGGGGUAUGUUCAGUCCUCUCUUGCCUAAGGUAAGACACAGGGAGGGGAGAUAACACUUUGGUUUUUUGGUUUUGUCCCUUUCCUCAGCCCUGCCCCCCUUCCUCAGCCCUGCCCCCCUUCCUCAGCCCUGCCCCCCUUCCUCAGCCCCUAUCCCCUUCAUCAGCCCCAUCCCCUUCAUCAGCCCUGUCCCCUUCCUCAGCCCCUGUCCCCUUCCUCAGCCCCUGUCCGCCUUCCUCAGCCCCUGUCCCCCUUCCUCAGCCCCUGUCCGCCUUCCUCAGCCCCUGUCCGCCUUCCUCAGCCCCUGUCCCCUUUGCUCAGCCCCUGUCCCCUUUGCUCAGCCCCUGUCCCCUUGCUCAGCCCUGUCCUCCUUCCCCUAUCCCCUUCCUCAGCCCCUGUCCCUUUGCUUGGCCCCUGUCCCUUUCCUCAGCCCUGGCCCUCUUCCUCAUGCCUUCCCCCCUUCCUCAGCCCCUAUCCCCUUCCUUAGCCCUGUCCUCCUUUCUCAGCCCCUGCCCCGCUUCCUCAGCCCUGUCCCCCUUCAUCUGCCCCUAUCCCCUUCCCCAGUCCCUAUCUCCAUUCUUCAGUGUUUGGUUUGUGUGUGUGUGUGUGUGUGUGUAUGAGUAUGUCUAUGUGUGUCAGUAUGUCUCUCUGUGUGUGUGUCAGUAUGUCUGUGUGUGUUAGUAUGUUAGUAUGUCUCUGUGUGUGUGUGUUAGUAUGUCUGUAUGUGUCAGUAUGUCUGUGUGUGUGCCAGUAUGUCUGUGUGUGCAUGCCAGUAUGUCUGUCUGUGUGUGUGUGCCAGUCAGUGAGUGUGUAUGUUUAGGUGACUGCCUCCCCCUUUCAAUCAUAUGCAAAAGGUGUUUUUACUCUCCCCUUGAUGCAAUGGGCCACUUGACUGGAUUUUCUCCCCAGGCCUAAGGCUGCCAGCCCUCCCCUGACAGAGAGCAAUGGAGCCUGUCAGUGAGAAAAGAUUUGGGGCUAUAGGCCCCCACAUUGGGUCUCUAGCCUCUUUCCUCCCUUGCCCUUAUCUUUUAUAAAUAAUAAAAACAAGGUACCAAAAUAUCAGCCUUUGGGCAACUACACUCUGACAUAGCAAAACCUUAGAGCGGAGCUUUCAAGAAAAAGUAGGACAAACAUUACAUGCAUUAAUUUAAGGAAGAUUAACAAUCCUUUAAAGGACCACUAUAGUGCCAGGAAAACAAACUCAUUUUCCUGGCACUAAAUGGUCUUUAGGUCCCCCCCACGCUGAGGGUUCCACUCCCACUGGGCUCUGGGGGGCUGAAAGGAUUAAACUCUUACCUUUCUCCAUCGCCAGGCUCCCUCAGCGCUGGGGAACUCUCCUCCCUCUUCCGAUGUCAUCCGCCGCAUGCGCGGCAUGAGCCACGCGCGCAUUCAAUCAGUCCAUAGGAAAGCAUUUCUCAAUUGAGCUGAAGUGGUCUGGGUGAAUAGUGGUCCUUUAAAGCCUAAAAUGUGUUGCCACUUAAAUUUAAAAGCUAGUGUAGUCAAUAGAGUAUAUUCAAAGCAUGGGCUUGUCACCAGUGGGGUACCUCAGGGAUCUGUACUUGGGCCCAUUCUCUUUAAUAUUUUUAUUAGUGAUAUUGCAGAAGGUCUUGAUGCUAAGCUAUUUUGGUAAUAUUUAUGACUAUCCUUAAAUUACACACAAGAGAUAUACCCACGUUGUAAUCCAAUAAAUAGCUCUGUACAAAUUAUGAUCGUCAAAUAAGGUUUUGAUUUUAUUCAUAUUAUUUGUGUCUGGGGCAUGUAUUCACAUGUUCAGCAGUAAAAGGGCAUAGUAAUAUAAUCUUUCAAUAAUACUACAAUGUUGAUUGUUUUUUCCUUUUUAUUCCAUUAAGAGCCCACAUGGAUACAGUACAAUUUUUUCCCCAAAAAUAUUGUAUCUGAAAUCACGCCAUGCACAGAACUAUAAUCACAGCAAAAGAGGAGUCUGACUUCGCCAUCCAUACAACAUAUUCAUCAAGCAACAUCAACGAGGAGGAAAAGCAAGAAGUUACAAAAUUCAUUUUCUAAAAGAGUUUCUGUUGUGUUGCAUCUGAAUUUGUAUCCAUGAGUCAGGAUAUUAACAGCAGAGGCUACUCAAAAAGGUGCCCUAAAAUACUUUUAACCACACAACCUUUCUCAAGAUAUUCAACCAAGUUCAAUAAACACAAUCCCAUAUAUAUAUAUAUAUAUAUAUAUAUAUAUAUAUAUAUAUAUAUAUAUAUAGACAUCGGGUAUAUAUGGACAGAUAUUUCACUGACCAUGUGUGGUAAUACAUAUAUCAGUUUAUAUACAUAUAGUGAAAAAUGCUCCCUCCUCCAGAAUAAAUUCUAUAUUGGAAAAGCACAAAUAGUAUCAACCUUCCAUUCCACUUACCAGCCAACCACUAAUUACCUAAUCAUUAAAUAGAAAUCACAACGCAUUGCAUUUUAAACAGUACACAUGGUUUUCUAUAAAUAUAUUGUGCCUGCAGUGUAGUUGUGACAUGCUUUUUAUAUGGUGUUCUUUAUAAAGAAAGUUGUAGAUAAAAUACAGUUUUGUUUUCUACAUAAAAUAUUAUUAUAUACAAUUUGAAAAGGGUAGGUUAUACCUUGAGCUAAUAAAUCAGAAAUAGUAUGUGCUGUAUUUCAACAGCCUUGCUUUCAUUGUCUUGUAAAAUAACUGUCACAUUUUUUAUAAUGAUUUUUACAUGUAUAUAUUACAUAGAAAGAUUCAAGAAAUAAAUUAAUCAUCCAAGAAAAAUCACUAUGGCAAAUCUAUUGCAAUUUUAUGAUUGCAGCAAUGUAAUAUCAGCCACGAAGAAGACUAUUUCCACGGAUGCAUAUUAAACUUUCUAGAAGAUGCUGUUGAAGUACAACAGUUUGUUUUGUUUGUUUUUUUAUUACCACAUUUUUUAAUGAAGAUUCUUUUCCUCACUACUUGAAAUAACCUUCCAUAAGCGAUUAUACAAUUUUACAACAUGAUUGGAGGCUUCCUAUUAUGCAGAAACUCUCUUUCCUAGCUCCACAGCAGUAAAGAAAACAUAUAGAAAAAAGAACCAGUGAAUCUGUAGCAAGGUAUAUAAGAGCCAUGGUGACCUAAGCACCUCCUCUUUCUUUGCUGCUCCUUCAGCAGACAGGUCAGAGUUUUUGGCUCUUCUCUAUUAUUGUAUAAUACUCAUUAUUAUGGCUCAUUAGUUUGGUUUUAUGUUUUAUCUACCUAUUCCUGUUAUUUUGUCCUUUCCUGUUACUGUUUAACUUUGUGCUUUUUGUGUAUUCCAUCUAUUCUGCAUCUUACUGCACUUUCCUUAUCCUUUUGUGUUGCUAUGGGUCUCCCUGCUCCCCUGGCCUGCUCUGUGUGCUGUUGGGAUUGGUGCUUCCUUUAGCUUGUUUUUCAGCCCUCACGCUGCUUUGUAUCCUUCCCACUGGGUUUACCCUCGGCCCCAUCCAUCCGUGACCUACCUCACUGCCGCGCCUGCUUUUGGUGCUCGGCGCUAGCCAGGACACGGCCUUCCCGGAUGACAGCCAUCUUGAAUCUCUCGAGAUCCAAGCGGCUAUUUUGUUUUUUUUAGCACUGCGAGUGCCGCAGUCUUUCCUCCCUCUUUCCCCUCAAGUGUGGAUUCUGCAUCACCCCUUGCAAACGAGGCUACCUCCAAGACAACCUGCAAUACUUACCUGGAUUGCCUGCUUAUCUGAACAAUGUGCUGCACUCCUUCCUGCUACUGGCUGGGGUCUUUCAGGUUAGUGUAUUCUGUCUGCUUACUAUUGUGGCCUGCACUUUAGGGUUCCAUACCCUGUGCACCUGGGAUGGAGCCCCCUUUAUACUAGUGCUGCCGAGUUGAGUCCCUCUGUCAUUGGUUGACAGUUAUUUUUUCAAUUAUUUUGGCCACCAUUACUAUACCCUGCUGGGGUCCCUAAUUAAUCCAUCACCUGAGUUACCCAUCUGUGCUUACACUGACCCCAGGCCUGAAGUUCUCCUCUAUUGUACAUCAAGACUUGGGGUCCCAGUCUCAGCAUUUUCUAUACUGUGUGGGUGAGCCCCAAUAUUAUUCGUACCAUGAUGGAAGAUUCCCAGACUACCCCUGUGGACUUACAAAAUAUGAUCAAUGCUGUGGUUGCUGCAUCUGUUGAGAAGGCACUCUCUAGGGCUUUUGCUUGGGACCUGACCCCGCUAAAUACUCCACAUCUUUUGCCAUUAUGAGUCGGACUCCAAUACCUCGGAUUCCCACACUAAAGACGAUGACUGGCAAGACGCAUUGGACAGGCGAGGGCGCUCGCCCCAAGCAAUUGAAAGGGAAAGCUCCCGCUAAACGUAGUAAGACAGCUUUGGCUGGUGCCCCUGCCCCAUGUCAUGCUUCUUCCUCAGACAAGAACCAAGCCUUCCCUCACUCCCUGUCCAUCCUGGCGAAUGGCAGGUGGAUGUUUCAGGCUCUGAUAAUGAUGAUUUGGGCUCGGGGACUAAAUCUAGUUCCACUUUUGUGCGUGAGACUUUCCUGGGUGAUCCCCAGAUAGAAGCAAGUGGCGGUCCCACAGAUGAGGACCUCCCCCCAUGACGCGGACACAAUUCUGGAUCUCACAGACCAGAAAAUGUUCGAUCCACGCAACAUCUGACACCACAGGUCUGGGGACUGGUCACCCCUGGACCACUUAUCUAAGUUUAUGCACUUAUGGCUCCAGAAACCUUUUGAGAAAGAGGUUCACAACCAGUUGAGAUCAGAAUGCCCACACCCUUCCCUACUGGAUAAGGUGGCUCAGAUGCCUGAAUUCGAUCAACUCAUGAUGACUUUCAUAGUGCGAGGUGGACGUGACCCCCUGUCAAGGUGGGGAGAAACUGCUGAACUCCAUCUGCCCAUUUUGAGUAUUAUGUAUUUGGUACACAAUGCCUUUAUGAGAGCUGACUUCUUUAACACCAGUGGGUUCACGAUAUACGUGAAUGGUCACAGAGAUGUUUCUGUUUCAUCGGAAACACCAGUCUGGCAGCACUCCUCUGUAUUGACAGAAAGUAGGCGGAGUUGGACGCCAAAGAGCUCGGACCCCAGGCACAAGGCAAACUCUUCAGUAAAGACUUCCUCAAGGAACUGAACAAGCGCAUGAAUGUGUUUACUUCUCUCAUAAAGGCGUAGACCUCAACGCAGAAGGUGUUCAAAAGCAACCCCACUAGAGGGUUUUUUGUCAGGGCUGGUCGACAGCAUGGUUAUGGUCUUUAGGCCCCCACUCCACCCAACCUCCACUGUUCUUUUUUUUUUUUUUAUUCUUUAUUUCUGAAUGACAUGCAAUAUACAAUGACAGGAAUGGUAUAGCAUCUUACUUUCACAUCCAAUUAGUAUAAGUAUCCAAUCGACAUAUAGUAAGGCAAUUCACCGAUUACAAAACACAUGGAGUGCCAGUAGGGUGCAUCACAUCAACCAUUACAUAUAAAGUUUGCAAGUUAUCAGUCACAAUUUUUGGUAGUGAUUAUCCCCCAAAAUAUAUGGGAGAGAAACAGAAGUAAAGAGAAUAGAGAGAAAUUAAGAAUAUAUAGAGUGAGAAGGGUAGAGUGGGG